AUGUCAACACAGGCGCCAACUUUCACACAACCGCUUCAGAGCGUUGUGGCACUUGAGGGUAGUGCUGCAACGUUCGAAGCUCAAGUUAGUGGUAAUCCAGUUCCUGAGGUGAGCUGGUUUCGUGAUGGCCAGGUUCUUUCUGCUGCCGCUCUGCCCGGCGCUCAGAUCUCGUUCAGCGAUGGCCGCGCUGUUCUGAUGAUCCCCGCUGUGACAGCCGCACACAGUGGAAGAUUUUCCGUGAGAGCUACCAAUGGCGCUGGACAAGCCACUAGCACCGCUGAACUGCUUGUUACAGCGGAGACUGCGCCACCCAACUUCACUCAGAGACUUCAGAGUAUGACAGUGAGACAAGGAAGCCAAGUGAGACUGGACGUUCGUGUGACAGGAAUCCCUACACCUGUGGUGAAGUUCUACAGAGAGGGAGCUGAGAUCCAGAGCUCUGCAGACUUUCAGAUUAUUCAAGAGGGAGAUCUCUACAGUUUGUUGAUUGCAGAGGCCUUCCCAGAAGAUUCUGGAACAUAUUCAGUGAAUGCCUCCAACAGCAGUGGACGUGCUACCUCUACUGCUGAGCUGCUGGUUCAAGGUGAGGAGGUUGCAGUGCCUGCCAAGAAGACAAAAACUGUUGUGUCGACUUCUCAGAUUUCUCAGACUCGCCAAGCUAGAGUUGAGAAGAGAAUGGAGGCUCAUUUUGAAAGCUCUGCCACUGCCAUGAUGGAGAUGCACGUGGAGGGAGAUGCUGUGAUCCAGCAACUGGCUCAUAAAACACCCCCACGAGUGCCCCCUAAACCAACCUCCAAGUCUCCAACACCACCAUCAGUCGUGUCAAAGGUUGCAGCUACACGCCACCAGUCACCCUCCCCGGUGAGGCAUGUGAAGGCCCCCGUACCCACCCCAGUCAGGCCUGUGUCACCAACAUCGAGACUGUCUGUGUCUCCUAUCAGACCAGUGAAGUCUCCUGUGACCACACGCAAACAGGUCAGCCAGGCCGCUGAUGUGCUCCCGCCAUGGAAACAGGAGGGCUACGUAGCUGAGUCCAGCUACACCAGCAUGGCAAUUGGGUCCUCAUAUGCACAGACCUCUGUCACACGUGUCCACAAGGAACAGCACUGGGAAGGCUCUGUGGCCAUGCAACAGCAGCAAAUAGGUGGUGUUACUGUUGUUGAGACUGCAAUGAUCCCUUCACCUGCACAAGAACCAGUAGUACCACCUACACUUGUUGCUGGCUUGAAGAACACGACUGUCACUGAGGGUGAAUCAGUGGUUCUGCAGUGUCAGAUCACAGGCCACCCAACACCAGGCAUUAUGUGGUUCAGAGAGGACUACAGAAUUGAGAGUUCGAUUGAUUUCCAGAUUUCUUAUGAGAAUGGAUAUGCUCGUUUAAUGAUCCGUGAGGCCUUUGCUGAGGAUAGCGGUCGGUUCACUUGCACUGCCACCAGUGAGGCUGGAACCAUCAGCACCUCCUGUUACCUGCUCGUUCAGGUGUCUGAGGAGAUUGAGAGCAGGGAAGAGUUUACUGCCGAAGCUGCUCAUGAGAGACACAUUACAACUGAAACUAAAGAAGAGACAAUGUCUGAAAUUAGUGCUGUAUCUGAGACUGUGGAAGCUGGAGCUGCUGUAGCCCCAUUCUUUGUGAAGAAACCUACAGUGCAGAAAUUGGUAGAGGGAGGAAGUGUUGUUUUUGAAUGCCAGAUUGGAGGCAGCCCAAAGCCCCACAUCUAUUGGAAGAAGAGUGGAGUGCCCCUUACUACUGGAUAUAGGUACAAAGUGGCCUACAAUAAGGAUUCUGGCAUUUGCAAGUUGGAGAUCUCCAUGACAUUCUCUGAUGAUGCUGGAGAGUACAGCAUAUUUGCCAGGAAUCAGCUUGGGGAGGCGUCUGCCUCAGCCCUGUUGCUUGAGGAAGAGGAAUAUGAGGCUUAUAUGAAGAAACAGGAAGUGACAUACAUGACCGAAGUGACUACAGUGGUGCAGGAGCCCAGAGUGGCAGAUGUACCUCCAGUUAUUGUGAGUGAACAUGAAAAAGAGCAGAUGCUUAUACAGAAGAGGAUGGCUCAACAGACACAGAUGAUGAAGACCUUCAUCUCAGAGCAGGAAUUCCAAAUAUCGGCUUUUGAGCAGAGAAUAAUCCUUGAAAUUGAGUACCGUAUUCUUAAGAUUACCUACCAAGAACUUGUGACUGAAGAUGGUGAGGAGAUGGUUAUGAAUGUGGCUGAGCAUGAAGCUGUGAAGCCAGCCUUCGACACACCAGUUAAGCACUACAGAAUCAGGGAAGGAAUGGGUGUUACUUUCCACUGCAGAAUGUCAGGAACCCCUCUGCCCAAGAUUGCAUGGUACAAAGAUGGCAAGCGCAUCAGGCAUGGAGGUCGUUAUCAGAUGGAGGUUCUUCACGAUGGCAGAGCCAGUCUGCGCCUUCCUGUGGUGCUGCCAGAGGAUGAGGGCAUCUACACUGCUUUCGCUUGUAACAUGAAGGGCAAUACUGUCAGCUCUGGGAAGUUAUUUGUGGAACCAUCCACAACAGCUGGAGUGCAGUAUCCACAGCCAGAGGCAGUGCAAAGAAUCAGGUCUGCUUCACCACGUUCUACAAGCCGCUCUCCUGGACGCUCUCCUGCUCGCAGACUUGAUGAAACAGAUGAGUCCCAGUUGGAGAGGUUAUACAAACCAGUUUUUGUCCUGAAGCCUUCAUCCUUCAAAUGCUCUGAAGGACAGACUGCACGAUUUGAUCUCAAAGUUGUUGGUAGACCUAUGCCCGACACAUUCUGGUUCCACAAUGGACAACAAGUGGUGAAUGAUUACACCCACAAGAUCGUAAUUAAGGAAGAUGGUACUCAGUCAUUGAUUGUAGUUCCAGCCAUGCCCCAGGACUCUGGGGAGUGGACAGUGGUCGCUCAAAACAGAGCUGGAAAGACCUCUGUUUCCAUGACUCUCACUGUUGAUGCUAAGGAACAUUUAAUAAGACCACAGUUUACUGAGCGUCUGAGGAACAUAAGUGUCAAAGAAGGCACUUUGGUUGAACUGGCUGUUAAAGCUAUUGGCAACCCUCUUCCUGACAUUGUAUGGUUGAAAAACAGCGACAUUAUCUCCCCGCAUAAGCACCCACACAUCAAGAUUGAGGGUGGCAAAGGAGAGGCUCGUUUCAAGAUCCCCUCAAGUGCAGGCGCUGAUAGUGCUUGGUACACAGCUACAGCUAUAAACAAAGCUGGAAGAGAUACCACACGGUGCAGGGUAAAUGUUGAGGUGGAAGCAGCUGAGCCUCAGCCAGAGAGAAGACUUGUUAUCCCUAAAGGAACCUACAAGGCUAAGGAGAUUGCUGCACCAGAGCUGGAGCCCUUACAUCUCCGUUACGGUCAGGAUCAGUGGGAGGAGGGUGAUCUCUAUGAUAAGGAAAAGCAGCAGAAACCUCACUUUAAAAAGAAGCUGACAUCAGUCAGAAUGAAGGGCUUUGGCCCUGUUCACUUUGAGUGCAGACUGACCCCCAUUGGUGAUCCCACCAUGGUUGUUGAGUGGUUGCAUGAUGGUAAACCCCUCGAAGCUGCUAACAGGUUACGAAUGGUAAAUGAAUUUGGAUAUUGCAGUCUUGACUUUGAGGCAGCCUACUCCAGAGACAGUGGUGUCAUCACAUGCAGAGCCACCAACAAAUAUGGUGUUGACCAGACAUCUGCUACCCUGAUUGUGAAGGAUGAGAAGAGCCUGGUCGAAGAAAGUCAGUUACCAGAGGGUAGGAAGACUCACAGAAUAGAUGAAAUUGAACGCAUUGCUCAUGAGGGUGGUCCCAGUGGAGUGACUGGAGAUGAAAGCACUGAGAAGACUAAGCCAGAGAUUGUCUUGCUUCCAGAACCUCUGAGAGUACUUGAAGGAGAAACUGCCAAAUUCCGCUGCAGAGUGACUGGUUAUCCUACUCCCAAAGUUAACUGGUACCUCAAUGGACAGCUUAUUCGCAAGAGUAAAAGGUUCAGACUUCGCUAUGAUGGUAUUUACUAUUUAGAGAUCACAGACAGCAAGUCUUACGAUUCAGGAGACGUUAAAGUUGUAGCAGAAAACCCAGAGGGAACAGCGGAGCACAGUGUGAAGUUUGAGAUCCAGCAGAGAGAGGAUUUCAGGUCAAUCCUUCGUCGUGCUCCUGAGGUUAAGGUUCCAGAGCCUGUGCUACUCUCUGAACAUGGAAGAGUGUCCUUUGAUGUUGUCAAGGUUGACAGACCUACUGAUACCACCCAGCCAAAGGAAGUAGUCAGACUUAGAAAAACUGAAAGGGUAGUCCAUGAGAAAACCACAGAGGAGACUGAAGAAUUGAGAAGCAAAUUUAAGCGCAGGACUCAGGAGGGGUACUAUGAAGCUAUCACUGCUGUGGAACUGAAGUCCCGUAGAAAGGAUGAGUCCUAUGAGGAUAUGCUAAAGAAGAGGAAAGACGAACUUCUUCAUCGGACAAAAGAAGUAUCUGAGGCUGAGAAGAAGAAAGAAGAGGAGCAUAAGGUUACUGCUGCCAGCCUCAAACCAGAAAAAAUAAUGCUCUCUCCCAGCAUGGAGGCUCCAAAAAUCUUAGAACGUAUUCAGAGUAAGACAGUUUGCCAGACAGAUGACGUACAUUUCAGGGUAAGAGUUGUAGGGAAACCAGAUCCAGAGUGUCAGUGGUUCAAAAAUGGAAUUUUAAUGGAAAAAUCAGAGCGCAUUUAUUGGUACUGGCCUGAGGACCAUGUCUGUGAAUUAGUUAUCAAAGAUGUGCGUGCUGAAGACUCUGCCAGCAUAAUGGUCAAAGCUAUGAACAUUGCAGGAGAGACCUCAAGCCAUGCCUUCUUACUGGUCCAAGCCAAGCAAGUUGUUUCCUUUACCCAAAAGCUGGAAGAUCAGAAUGCCAAAGAGAAAGACACCAUGGUGACUUUUGAGUGUGAAACCAAUGAGCCUUUUGUCAAGGUCAAAUGGCUUAAAAACAAUGCAGAGAUAUUUCCUGGAGACAAAUACAGGAUGCACUCUGAUAGAAAGGUGCAUUUCCUGUCUGUGCUCAUUAUCUCCAUGAGUGACGAAGCAGAGUACAGUUGUGCCGUUGUUGAUGAUGACCAGAUAAGAACCACUGCCAAACUUCAUGUUGAAGGUGCUCCACUGGAAAUUGUGAAGAACCUUGAGAGUACAGAAGUUCCUGAGACAUAUUCUGGGGAGUUUGAGUGUGUCCUGUCUCGUGAGGAUGCUGAAGGCACCUGGUUCUUUGAGAGCAAAGAGAUUGUUCCAAGCCUUAAAUACGUGGUGUCCUCUCGCCGUGGUCGACAUAGUUUAUCUGUGAAAGAUGUUAAAAAGGAAGACCAAGGAAAAUACACAUUUAAAGUGGGAGAUCUGAAAACAAGUGCCACUCUGAAGAUGAAAUUGCGUCCUGUUACACUGAUGCAAGGCCUCUCUGACCUAACAAUCUGUGAGGGUGAUAUUGCGCAGCUCGAGGUGCGAUUCUCUCAGGAAAAUGUGGAGGGGACGUGGAUGAAAAAUGGCCAGCCAAUCUCUGCAACAGAUAGAGUUCACAUUGUUAUUGACAAGCAUGUCCAUAAGCUUCUCAUUGAAGAAGCCAACAGGGAUGAUGCUGGAAUGUACUCCUUUGUGGUUCCUGCUCAAGACAUUUCUACAACUGGAAAACUGACUGUCCAAACUAUUGGUAUUUUGACACCAUUGAAGGAUAUUACUGCAGUAGAAGGCACUAAGGCUGUGCUGGAGGCUAAAAUCUCUGCUGCAGAUAUCGGCUCAGUGAAAUGGUACCACAAUGAUAAACUGAUCGAUGCAAGUGAAAGAGUCCAGAUGGUUGCCAAAGGAUCCAAGCAGCGUCUGGUGUUCAACAGAACCUUUGCCUCUGAUGAAGGGCAAUAUAAGCUAAUCGUUGGCAAAGCUGACUCACAGUGUAAACUGACAGUUGAAAAAAUUACCAUUGUGAAACAUAUGCAGGACCAAGUUUGCACAGAGACCCAGAAUGUCACCUUUACCGUUGAGGUAUCUCAUCCUGGUAUUGACGCUCUAUGGACCUUUAAAGACCAGCAUCUCAAAGCUGGUCCCAAAUACAAGAUGGAGGCCAAAGGCAAACACUACAGUCUCACAGUCAUCAAUGCCAUGAAAGAUGAGGAGGGACAGUACACGUUUGCAGCUGGUGAACAAACAUCAAGUGCAAAGCUUAUCGUAUCAGGUGGUGCCAUCAACAGGCCUCUUCGUGAUGUGACAGUAGCAGAGUCACAGACUGCUGUGCUGGAGUGUGAGGUUGCCAAUCCCGAUACAGAGGGCAAGUGGCUGAAAGAUGGUCAGCCUGUAGACUUCAGUGAUAACGUUAGAAGUGAAAAGGUUGGGGCUGUUAGGCGUCUCGUGGUUGUCAUAACCAGACCGCAAGAUAUUGGCGAAUACACCUAUCAGGUGGCAAACUCCAAGACAUCAGCCCACCUGAGGGUUGAAGCUGUGAAAAUCAGGAAAACCUUGAAGAACCAAACUGUUACGGAGACCCAGGAGGCUGUGUUCAGUCUGGAGCUCACCCAUACAGAUGUGAAAGGCUCUCAGUGGAUCAAGAAUGGCGUGGAGAUUAUACCAAGUGAUAGAUAUGAGAUCACAGCAGAGGGCAUGAUUCACACUCUGAAGAUAAAGAACUGCACAACACAAGAUGAAUCAGUUUAUGGAUUCAAACUUGGGAAACUGUCUGCUAAUGCCAGACUAAAUGUUGAAACAAUCAAAAUUGUGAAGAAGCCGAAAGAUGUGACCUCUCUGUUGAAUGCUCCGGCCUCCUUUGAGCUAAGCCUAUCCCAUGAUGACAUUCCUGUCAAAUGGAUGUUUAAUAAUAUGGAGCUCAAGCCAAGUGAAAAUAUCAAGAUCCUCUCAGAAAGGAAAGCCCACAAACUGGUCAUUCAGAAUGUUGAAAACCACAGUGCUGGAGAGUACACUGCAGUGGUUGGACAUUUGCAGUGCAGUGCCAGUUUGCACGUUGAAUCCUUGCGGGUCACGAAGCCCAUGAAGAACAUUGAAGUUCCAGAAACCCAUGUGGCCACAUUUGAGUGUGAGGUGUCACAUUUCAAUGUUCCCUCCACUUGGCUAAAAAAUGGAGUGGAGAUCGAGAUGAAUGAGAAGUUCAGGAUUGUGGUACAGGGCAAGCUCCACCAGCUGAAGAUAAUGAACACAAGCAGAGAAGACUCUGCAGAAUAUACAUUUGUGUGUGGAAAUGAUAGAGUGUCUGCCACCCUGACUGUUAAGCCAAUUCUGAUCACCUCCAUGCUUCAAGACCUCAAUGCCCAGGAAAAAGACACUAUUACAUUUGAGGUGACUGUAAACUAUGAAGGUGUUACAUAUAAAUGGCUGAAGAAUGGUGUUGAGAUCCGCGCCACAGACAAAUGCCAGACCCGUUCCAAACAGCUCACUCAUUCUCUAACAAUACGAAAUGUUCACUUUGGUGAUGGAGCAGAGUACAAGUUUGUGGCUGGAUCAGCUGAAACAUCAGCAAAACUCAAAGUUGAUGCUCGUGUUAUCGAAUUCACAAAGCACAUCAAGGACAUUAAGAUAACUGAGAAGAAGAAGGCUACAUUUGAAUGUGAGCUUUCUGAGCCCAAUGUCCAGGUGAUGUGGAUGAAAGAUGGACAGGAACUGGAAAUGUCUGACAGGUACAAAGCUACAACAGAAAAAUUCCUGCACCGCUUGAUGAUCCAGACUGUUCGCAUGUCUGAUGCUGGAGAGUAUUCUGUAGUUGCUGGUGCAAGUGUCUCCAAGGCUCAACUCACAGUUGAGGGCAAAGAUGUCCGGAUCUCUGAGCCUGCUGAAAAACAUAUUACUGUGGUUGAAAAACAGAGAGCUACAUUUGAGUUUGAGGUCGGCGAGGAUGACAUUGAAGGUCGCUGGCUGAGAAACGGAGUUGAGAUCCAGUUUUCCCUUGAGGAAAGAUUCAACUAUGUGGCCAUUAGAAAAAUUCAUCGCUUGACAAUCACUGAAACUUACAGAAGUGAUGCUGGGGAAUACACUUUCAUAGCUGGCAAGAACAGAAGUAUGGUGACGCUACAUGUCAACAUUCCUGAGCCACCUCAGAUCAUCAGACACAUGCAGCCCCUGUCUGUGGAGGCAGGCAAACCUGCCCGCUUCUCUGUCGAGGUGACAGGAAUUCCUCAGCCCCAUGUGUCCUGGUACAAGAACUCUCAGGCUCUGUCUCCUGGUUUCAAGUGUAAGUUCUUGCACGAGGGAAAUGAGUACACACUGCUGCUACUUGAGGUCUUCCCCGAGGAUGCAGCUGUGUACAACUGUGAGGCAAAGAAUGACUAUGGUCAGGCCACCAGCUCUGCUUCACUCCACGUGGAAGUUCCAGAAGUGGUCUCUCCUGACACUGGACCUCCACAGUCACCUCCUGUGAUUGUCUCCUCAAUACAUGAUACGUCUGCUGAUGAGGGAGAGUCUGCCAGGUUCCAGUGUCGUGUAUCAGGAGAAGAUCUGAAGAUCACCUGGUAUCACAAAGAUAAGGAAAUCCAUCAGUCCGACAUCUACAGAAUGUCCCAGUUUGAUGAUAAUUGCCAGCUGGAAAUUUCCAGAGCUUAUCGUGAGGAUGAGGGAGAGUACACUUGUGUUGCCCGCAAUUCCUCAGGAAUGGUGUCUUGUUCUGGAAAAUUGACAAUCUAUGAUCUCAGUCUGAAAACAGUAGGUAGGCAAAGUUUGUCAAGCACUGGAACGUCUCAUAUGGAGAGGGUCACCUCUCAGUCCAUGAGUGAGACUCAGUCUUCCACUAUUCAAACGUUUGAAACUGUGUCCAGUACAUCUACACUGCGGAUGUCAACAACAUCAGUAGAAACUGUAGAGGUUCACCAACACCUGACAUCUGUGGAGGAAUAUGACGUGAGCAUUCCUAGGAGCCCUACUUUGACACUGAAAAUGUGCGAUGUCAGAGUCAACACUGGUGACAUGGCUCAGUUCAACUGCUCCUUUGAUGGGCAGCCCCUUUCUGAAAUAAGAUGGGACCAUAACGGAAGAGAACUGACUAAUACAGAGAGGGUGAAAUAUACACAACACGGAGGGAUCUUGUCUCUCAUCAUAAACAAUGUUCAACAUGGGGACCAGGGGAGUUACCGCUGUACUGUUAAAAAUAGACAUGGAGAAAAUCGAACCUCCGCACAACUCACAGUUGAAGCUAAAGAAGCAACCCCAAAAGCAGAAAUCCCCGCCCCUUCUGAUUCUGUCAGUAAACCUUCUAAAAGAGACAGUGAAGCUACUAAAAAGGCCUCUGACCAAGAAAAGCAGGAGUCCUUACACAAUGUUGGACCACUACAACCCUCCUCCCUGAAAACAAAGACACAGAUAAGCCAAAAUUUCUACCCAGAUGUCGUACAUUUUGAAGAGCAUGAUGUGUACGGUGCAAUUCCUCCAGAGUUCCGUCUGAAACUGCCCUCCGAGACUCAUGCCAAAGAAAGAAACGAUGAGUCUUCUUGUGUUAUGAAAGAAGUCUCCUCUCCAUUUGUCACUUGGUUACACAAUCAGUUGAUUGCUGAAGAGCCAAAGUCAUAUUCAUUGAAACAUGAUGGCUCAUUGUCCUGCUUAAAUGUAAAAAACGUUGAUAUUGGGCAAGGGGGCACUUAUAUUGUCAGUUCAGCAGGAGACACUGCGUGCAGCACCCAGCUCAGGGUGAAGACAGUGACUGAGGAACCUGAACCGGAAUAUGUUGAGGAGGAGCCUAUCAAAGCUUUUUCUAGCUUGGCCAUACCAUCUGAAGAGGAAAAAACAGACAUUUAUCUGACUAGCUUACAACUAAAAGAAAAAGGCAAAACACUUGAACUUGAACCACAAUCUAAAUUAUACUCGACUACUUUAGAGAAAAAAGUAGAAAAGCCAGUAUUUGUGACCAAACUCUCCCCAGCAAUUGUUUCCACUGGUAAAACAGCCAAAUUUACUGUAAUAGUGUCUGCCUUUCCCAAACCUGAUAUUCGGUGGUACCACAAUGGUUCUACAAUAACAUCUUCAUCUACUUAUACAUUUCUUGAGGAGAGGGAUGAGUACACCCUGGUAAUAUCUUCUGUUAAAAAAGAGUGUGAGGGAGAGUACUCUUGCACUGCAAGCAACAAGUUUGGUACAUCAACAUGUUAUUCCUAUCUUCAUGUGCAAAUGAAAGAUACAAAGGAACCUGUGCAGGUCAGUGGACAGCCUCCUUAUUUCACCAAAGUAAUCGACUCCGUCCACUGCACAGUUGGAGGCCAAGCUCGUUUUGAGUACAAAGUAACUGGGAUUCCACUUCCUAGUAUUCAGUGGUUCAGAGAUAAUUCUCGCAUUCAGUCAAGUAGUUCCUGUACCGCUGUUAACAAUUCAGAUGGAUCUGGCUACCUAAACAUAACAAACAGUCAGUUGGAUGCAAGUGGCCUUUAUACAUGCAGAGCAUCCAACCCACUGGGAGAGGCCUCCUGCCGUGCUGAACUAAAUAUCUCCUCUGCGUCUCAACACCAAGAGCACGUAGUUAGUAAGAGGCAAAAAGCUUACAAGGUGUCCAUGACCGAAGAAGCUACAGAAUCCCGAUUGUAUGUGGUAAAUCUCCCUGGACAAGCCAGAACCAGUCUACAGGCAGGACACCAAAUGAUUUACACUAUUGGCACUGAGGAUAGGAAAAUUGUAGAAAGUGAGCAAGUGGACACCUUGCAAGAGUUGGACAUAUCUGCUGCCACGGUUCAUAGGGAACAGGUAACCCACCAAGCUGCUGUUUUACAGUCCCAUGAAGUGCAAGAAAGGGUGACUGUGGCUCCCACACCACCUCAGCCAACUGUAGCGACCCCUUUAAGACAGCUCCACAUGGCUGCUAUGACUUCCGCUGUUCAGGAAAGCCAAGGCUUCACAGAACAGCACUGUGAUCGUAUUACAAGCCCUGAGGUUACUGAGCUUGAGUUGAUGAGGGAACAGCCCUCAAAAAUAAUGUCUGCCAUUUCAGAAAGCGUAACUCCCUUAACUAUUGUGAAAGCGGAGCCUCUGUCUAGUGGAGUAGGAACAAAGAUAAAGUCUACUCCUGAGCCCAAACACCCCAUCAGUACUCAGCAAAUUGAAACUAAGCUGCCAAUUCUUCGUGAAGAGUCACAGAUUAUUCCAAAGCCACAGCUGGAACAAAGCUACCAAGUUAAAGAGGGUGUUAAAAUUCUUUAUACAGCUGUUUCAUCAGAGAAUCGGCAAAUAGCUGAGGGUCAUUCAACAGAUUUUUCAUCUUUAGAUUCUGCCGUACAGCCAUCCUUAAAAAAGGAAACACAGAAAGCUGUAAGUCUCUCACUCAGUGAGAUGAAACAGACGCUAUCUAAAGAGCAAAUAUUAUCCACACAGAGACCAGAAGAAGAGAUGGUUUAUCCAUCAAAAGAUCAGAUGUUAAAGUCAGCUCUUACAACUGAAGAAAAGCAUGAACUGCUAGCUGAGAAAGUAAAUGAAAUACCAGGCUUAGAGAGUGCUAUGUCACUUCAUUCACAAAAGGAAGAGGAACAGGUUAGGCAUCUGCAGGUAGUUAUGGAUCAGGAUACACUUUCAUCUGAGAGCAGAUUCACUUGUGAGAAACCAACAUCUGAGCAAGCAGAGGCUCGUAAAAGUCCAACUCUUCUUCAUACAUCAUGUAUGGAUGAACAGAGAGCUCUUAUUUGUGAACAGUCAUCACAGUUCGUAUUCAGGGAAACCGCAGUUUCCCCUCACCCUUGCAAAGAAGUCCCUGCCCCGCUCUAUCUUCAUACUAUUCAAUCAGAAAAUGCUUUAUCAAAGGAGGGGAUGUUCUCAUUUGAAAUGCCUGACCCCAUGAUUGCUAUAGAGAGGCAGGAAAGAGCCCGCAGACAUGCUGUAACCACUGAAGAGAAAAGAGAGCUCACUGCAGCUUAUUUUGAAGAUCUUGACGUGACUGUAACUGGAAUCAAACCUGUGCAGACAAAGGAACCAAAACCUCAGGAAACUCUUCAAGUAGUUUCAGAACCUGUGCAACUACCAAAGGAAAGUCCAUUUACCAGUGAUGUUAAACAGCAACGAGCAUUAGUGCAAAAGGAGGAUCACUGGAAUAUUAUGCAUGCUGUGUCUGUGUCUGAAUGGCCUACUGUAGAAGAGGGUCACACUGACAGUUUUGACAGGGUCGAGAAAUUUAUUUGUAGCAGAGAGCUUGAACCCAGAAUACCUGUACAGCCCAUACGCGUUGAAGAGAAAGCAAUCUCAACAGAAAGCAGUAUUAGUCUUGAAUCUGCUGAGCAAGACUUUGCUGUUCAGAUUCAGGAAGGACAGUCUGUCAGACAAUCAAUAUUAAUGGAUGAGAAACAAAUUUUCACAGGGGAACAAUCGGAGAGCAUUACAAAGUCAGACACAACAACAGCAAACAUAACAACACAGCCUCAAAGACCUCUUUUAGUGUCAGAGUCUCAAGAAAGCACUUGUCUUCCAAAGGAACUUACCUUUGUGAUUUCUGUGCCAAAAUCCCAGAGCUUGGGGAUGAGAUAUCAGUUAAGAGAUACGCUUCAGUCUGCUGUAGCCUGUGACCAGCCACUGAUCCUAGCAGAUGUUGUAGGGAGCUUAGAGGUUGUUGAAGUGAAAGAACUAAAAGUACAAAAAGUACCAAAGUAUACAAUGUUCACAUACCUCAUUACAACCACUGGCACCCCAAUGGAAGUGAAUAUUGCAUUUGAAGGAGAGUAUCCUCAGACUGCUGAUCUGAGAAGUGAGAUGCAGGCAGCUUUCUAUUCCAUAAUAUUUCAGGAACAACAGAUUCUGACAUCUGAGCAACCAGAAACAAUCCAGAUUGACAGACCCCAAAGAUUACAAGUUAGCUGUGCUCCUUCAAAACAGAUGAUCUCCCCAGUGACAGAAAUUGUACAGUUGGCUGAGGGAACUGUGGAUUUUACAGAAACUGAAACUCAGUUAGCUGCUCUGAAGACUGAGAAAAAAGCAUCAUUUCUAACUAUAGUGGGUCAGACUCACACUACAGUACAUGAGUCCAAGCGGAUGGCAAAACAAGAAAUCAAAGCUGUCGCUGAAAAGGAGUAUAUAAAAGAUACAGGUGUGGCAGAUAUAACUGCUGAUCUGCCCUUUGGUCCAAUUCCAGUGGAAGAGUCUGAAGUACUCAUUCAGAGAGAUAAAAGGGAGGAGUUUCUUUCAGAGGUCAUUUUAAUCACAGAAACAUCAGAACAUGUGUCUAAAGAUUACCUGUAUUUUGAAACCCCACUGGAAGACAUAAUUGCUGAGGAGAAUUCUAAGGUCACAUUUUCAGUUACGAUACAAUUUGUAAAAAGGGUUGACUGGCUUUUCAAUGGAAAACUAAUCAAAUCUGGCCAAGAGUUUAGAUGCCUCACAGACCAUGACACAUAUACAUUAGAAAUCAGCAAAGUUAUCAAGGAGAAACAUCAAGGACAAUACACCUGUGAGGCUGUCAGUGACGGUGGCAAGACAUCAACAUCAUCAAGGCUCACAGUUAUCUCAAGAGUGCCACCUGUUUUUAGGCAAAAAAUCCAUCCCCUGGAGGUGACUGUUGGCAGCCCUGCCAAGUUUGAAUGUGAGACUGAAGAGGCACCAAACGUCACCUUCAAGUGGUUCAAGUCUGGCUCUGAGAUCAGACAGAGUGACAAGUACAGGAUCAUUAGCCGUUAUCACACGUCAUCGCUGGAGGUCCUGAACCCAACCAAAGAUGACAGUGGAGAAUACACCUGCAGAGCUUCAAACCAACAUGGCAGUGACAGUUGUUCUGCUUCUCUGAACGUCAUGGAACCUAAACCCGCUCGCCUUGUGAAGACACUAUGGGAUAUUUGUAUCCCUAUGAGUACAAAGUUACGCCUUGAAUGCACAUUCACUGGAGCUCCAAAAAUGUUCGUCACUUGGUACAAGGAUGGCAAACAGCUCUACGCUUCUUAUAGAUACAAUACUAAAGUCAUCGGGAACACCUGUAUCUUGGAAUGUCUACAUGAGUGCACAAAAGAAACAACUGGAAAAUACUCUUGCGAAGUCUCAAAUAAAUAUGGAACAGAUAUCUGUCAUGCCCAAGUGACUGCAGAGCCAGAACCUGCACAUUUUGUGAAGAGGCUCAGUGACAUUUCUGUCCCAAUGAGCAAAAAAUUGCGACUUGAAUGCACAUUCAUUGGAGCCCCCAAAAUUUUUGUCACGUGGUACAAGGAUGGAAAACAGGUCUACGCCUCUUACAGAUAUAAUACAAAAGUAACUUCCAACUCCUGUAUCUUGGAAUGUCUACAUGAGUGUACUGAAGAAACUACAGGAAGAUACUCUUGUGAAGUUUCAAACAUUUACGGAACAGAUAUCUGUCAUGCUCAAGUGACUGCAGUGACAGAACCUGCCCGCUUUGAGAGAAGGCUGAGCGACAUGAAGAUACCCAUGAGCAAAAAGUUGCGACUUGAAUGUACCUUCACUGGAGCUCCAAAAAUGUUUGUUACAUGGUACAAGGAUGGCAAACAGGUCUACGCUUCUUAUAGAUACAAUACUAAAGUCAUAGGGAACACCUGUAUCUUGGAAUGUCUACAUGAGUGCACAAAAGAAACAACUGGAAAAUACUCUUGCGAAGUCUCAAAUGCUUAUGGAACUGACAUCUGUCAUGCCCAAGUGACUGCUGUUACAGAACCUGCCCGUUUUGUGAAGAAGCUGAGUGAUAUUUCUAUCCCAAUGAGCAAAAAACUGAGACUCGAGUGCACUUUCACUGGAGCCCCAAAACUGUUCGUCACAUGGUACAAGGAUGGCAAACAGCUCUACGCUUCUUAUAGAUACAAUACUAAAGUCAUAGGGAACACCUGUAUCUUGGAAUGUCUACAUGAGUGCACAAAAGAAACAACUGGAAAAUAUUCUUGCGAAGUCUCAAAUAUUUAUGGAUCUGAUAUCUGUCAUGCUCAAGUGACAGCAGUGACGGAACCAGCCCGCUUUGAGCAGAAGCUUAAGGACAUGACAAUUGCAAUGAGCAAAAAAUUGCGACUUGAGUGCACAUUCACUGGAGCUCCAAAAAUGUUUGUCACAUGGUACAAGGAUGGCAAGCAGCUCUACGCUUCUUAUAGAUACAAUACUAAAGUCAUAGGGAACACCUGUAUCUUGGAAUGUCUACAUGAGUGCACAAAAGAAACUACUGGAAAAUACUCUUGCGAAGUCACGAAUAAAUAUGGAACAGAUAUCUGUCAUGCCCAAGUGACUGCAGUAUCCGGACCUGCACGUUUUGUGAAGAAGCUGUCAGAUAUUUCUCUUCAAAGUGGUCAGAAACUGAGACUUGAGUGCUCCUUUACUGGAAUUCCAAAGCUGUUUGUCACAUGGUACAAGGAUGGCAAACAGCUCUACGCCUCUUAUAGAUACAAUACUAAAGUCAUUGGAAACACCUGCAUCUUGGAAUGUCUACAUGAGUGCAAUGAAGACACUCCAGGAAGAUACUCAUGUGAAGUUUCAAAUGAUGACGGAACAGACAUCUGUCAUGCUCAAGUAACUGUAGGUACAGAGCGUAAAAUUCCACCAAAAUUCACCAAGGUACCCUCAGAACACAUUGAGGAUACUGAGGGGAAGAUGGUGAAGAUUGAGGCUCGUGUGUCUGGAUCUCAGCCAAUCAGCAUUAGCUGGUUAAAAAAUAAUAGUGAAAUCUACUCUUCUGACCUUUAUGAGAUGUCAUUCAAGAACAAUGUGGCUGUGCUUUGCAUCAAGAAGUCCCGCCCCUCAGAGAGCGGUACUUACUUAUGUAAAGCCUCCAAUGAAGUUGGCACCGCCUCCUGUCAGGUGUCUGUCAACAUCACAGAGGCAAAAGCACCCCCAACCUUUGACUUGCCCCUGAAACCUGUAACCGUGAAUGAGGGUGAGAAAUUGAGCCUAAGCUGCCAUGUCUGUGGGUCAUCUCCCUUGAAGAUUCAGUGGAUGAAGGACAGAAGAGAAUUGUCAUCGUCUGCCAACAUCAAAACUACAUUUGUUAAUGGCACUGCCACUUUGGAGAUUGUUCAUGUGGCAAAAACAGAUGCAGGAGACUAUCUGUGCAAAGCAACCAAUGAAGCUGGUAGUGAAUUCUGCAAGUCCAAAGUGACUGUAAAAGAAAAAACUGCAGCAGUCCAAAAACCUGCUGAGGCCACCCCGGCAGCACCUCAGCCAGUAAAGAAGCUUGACAACUUGUUCUUCAUUGAAGAGCCUAAGAGUGCACAUGUAACAGAGAAGGGCACAGCCACUUUCAUUGCCAAAGUUGGGGGAGACCCUAUUCCCAAUGUGAAAUGGAUGAAGGGUAAAUGGAGACAGAUCACUCAUGGUGGUCGUGUCACCAUUGAACAAAAAGGCCAAGAGGCCAAGCUGGAGAUCAAAGAGGUGACCAAGUCUGACUCUGGACAGUACAGAUGUGUUGCAUCUAAUAAACAUGGAGAAAUUGAGUGCAGCACUGACUUGCAUGUUGAUCAAAAGAAAGAGGCUGGACCUGAGGUGGUGAAACUGAAGAAGACACCAUCGAAGCAGAAAAGUCCAAAGGAGGACAAAGACAUUGACAUUGUAGAGUUGCUGAGAAAUGUUGACCCUAAAGAAUAUGAAAAAUAUGCUCGUAUGUAUGGAAUCACUGACUACAGAGGACUUCUUCAGGCAAUAGAAUUUCUGAAGAAGGAGAGAGGAGAGGAAAGUGGAAGACCGGAAAGUGAACGUGGAGGAAGAGAAUCUGAUGAGGAUUUGGAGAAGCUUGUGUCUGAUUUGCAAAAGAGAAUGGAACAGACUGAGCCUGUCUCCCUGGUGAAUGACAUCACUGACCAAACAACACAAGUAAACAAAGAGGCAGUGUUUGAGUGUGAAAUUAAGAUCAACUACCCAGAGAUUUCAUUGUCCUGGUACAAAGACACACAGAAGCUUGAAACCAAUAACAAGUACGAAAUCAAAGUGUUUGGUGAUCGUCACAUACUGAAGAUCAAGAACUGUCAGUCCAGUGACCAGGGCAAUUACCGUGUUGUUUGUGGCCCGCAUAUCUCCAGUGCCAAACUAACCGUUUUGGGUAAUGAUCCCAAUCUUGUCCCGUUAUCUGUUUUAGCGGAGCAAAUUCAGUUCACUAAACGUAUCCAGAACAUUGUGGUGAAAUCGCGCCAAUCUGCGACAUUUGAAUGUGAGGUUUCUUUUGACAACGCUGUUGUUUCCUGGUACAAAGACUCAUGGGAACUUAAGGAGAGCCCAAAAUAUACCUUCCGACGUGAAGGUCGACGUCACUUUAUGACCAUUCGCAAUGUCACCACUGAAGAUGAAGGAGUAUACUCAGUGAUUGCGAGAUUGGAGCCGAUGGGUGAAGCUAAAAGCACUGCAGAGCUUUAUCUGUCAGGCAAAGAGAUAGAGUUAGGAACAAAAUAUGAUGUCCCCGAUACAUCAAUACACGUGCCCGAUGUAUCACCUGUAAUUAGCCUUAAAGAUGAGUCAUCCGUAUACUAUCAUUACGAGGAAAAGAUGGAACUGACAGCACAUGAGAGCUGGACAUUCCAAGAAGAAAGAGUAAUAUCUGACUAUUCUUCGGCUCAAGAACCGAAGAAGCCAGUUGAUGAAAGUGUACCCAAAAGAACAUUGGAGAUGACAGAGGAAGUACCUAAAAAAGUUUUCAAGAAACCAGACGAGAAACCUGAUACAACAGUUGUACAGGAAGCACCAACACCAAAGAAAGUACCAGAAGUCAGUAAACCAGUGGAAGAAAAAAUCACUCAAGUGAAAGUGACAGAGGAAAGAGACUACUCCACACCUAAAGAGCCGAAGCCUGAAGUGAAGCCUGAACCAAAGCCUGAAGUGAAGCCUGAACCAAAGCCUGAAGUGAAGCCUGAACCAAAGCCUGAGGUGAAGCCAGUACCGAAGCCUGAACCGAAGCCUGAAGUGAAGCCUGAACCGAAGCCUGAACCAAAGCCUGAAGUGAAGCCUGAACCAAAGCCUGAAGUGAAGCCUGAACCAAAGCCUGAAGUGAAACCUGAACCAAAGCCUGAACCAAAGCCUGAGGUGAAGCCAGAGCCAAAGCCUGAAGUGAAGCCUGAAGUGAAGCCAGAAGUGAAGCCAGAGCCAAAGCCUGAACCAAAGCCUGAAGUGAAGCCAGAGCCAAAGCCUGAACCAAAGCCUGAAGUGAAGCCUGAACCAAAGCCUAAAGUGAAGCCUGAACCAAAGCCUGAAGUGAAACCUGAACCGAAGCCUGAACCAAAGCCUGAACCAAAGCCUAAAGUGAAGCCUGAACCAAAGCCUGAAGUGAAACCUGAACCGAAGCCUGAAGCAAAGUCUGUGCCAAAGCCUGAACCAAAGCUUGAACCAAUUGCAAAGACAGCUGAGGUUCCUGCAGUUAAAGAGCCUACUGUAGAGAAGAAACCAUCACCACAGAUAUCUGAGCCAACAAUUGCUCCAAUUGCACAGAAAGUUUCUCCCCCUGAAGAUGCAGACAAAGGCCCUGUCACAGCUCCUGGACCUGUGAAGAAAGAAAAAUCUAGCGCUACGGCAGCAAUUCUUAAACAAAAGAGUAAACUUCAUGUUGAGGAGACAGAAAUAUUUGAGAAACCAACCUUAAAGAAAGUCAUCACGUGGUCUGAGGACCGAGAUGAAAAGCAUGACACCGUACUUUUGAAGAAAACCCCAAAGGUUUCUCAUGAGGAGCCACAUCCAGAGCCAGAACCAAUUCUACAAAGAGUUGUAGAAACUAAGAGUUUUGCAGAGGAGAAAAUGUAUUCUGAGGCUGAUACUAAGGUGUUGAGUACUGGCGCUUGGGAAGCAGAGAAGAAAAUAUGGUCAUAUGAAAGCAUAACAAUAGAGGAGAAAACAACAGAAAGUCUGGAAGAGACAUAUGAGCCUAUACAGUUCAAGGAACUUCAAGCGAAGACAGUUCAAGAGGACACAAAGGUUGAGAAAAAAGCAGCUAUUAAGAAAACCAUGACUCCAAAAGAAGAAGCACCGAAGGCACCUAGUGUGAAGAAAGUAUCUCAGUUGCCAUCAAGCAAGAAAGAGCAAGAAAUUGUGAAAUUAAAACCUGUUGAAGAUAAACCUGCAAAAACUCAUGAAGAUAACAUUCCUGAGGAAGCUGGAAGACCGCUUACAAAAGGAAAACGACUUCCAACAGAAGAGCUAGAACAAGAAAAAGUUGAACUGAAACCAGUAAAGAAAGGGCCGAAAACUGAAGUCCCUGCAGAGAAAAUUUCUUCCAAAACAACUGAAAGAAAGCCCACGGAUAUCAAAAUACCAGAUAGAGAUGCAAAGGAAGCAACUGCAAAGAAACCUGAUGUCCAACAAGAGAGAGCUGAUAGAGGUGAGACACCAGACAAAAAACCUGACAAGGUUGAGAAGGUCGAGUCACUGCAUAAGGAAGAGGUGCCUACAAGUCCAUACAAGACCAUCCCAGUGAAAAAAGCGGAGAGCCCAAAAGUAGCAAGCCCCCUAACUCUAAAAAAAGGUGUUUAUUCACCAAAGGAAGCAACGGAAAAAGAGGAAGUUUCACUAAAACCUGUGGAACUGCCCAAAAAGGACACUGAACUGAAAAAGACUCCCUCACCCAAGGUUGAGAAAUCAAAAGAGAAGAGUUUGAAGGAAAAUGAAAAGUCAGAAUUACCAAGAAAAGGUGGUCUUCCACCAAAGGAAAAGGAGGAGAAAGAAGGAAUAUCAUUAAAACCUGUUGAACGUCCCAAACACGAAGCCGAUGUGAAAAAGACAUCCUCACCAAAGACUGAGACGGCAAAACCAAAAGCAGUUGAAUCUCUUCCAGUAGAGAAGAAACCUAGUGCAGACCUUUCCAAAAAACUACCUAAGAAAAUUUCACCCAAAGAUUCAAUUGAAACUGUUACUCUGAAAAAAGUCCCAACAAAAGUCUCACCUCAAGAUCAAAAAGUUGUUGAGAAAUCUCCUGUGAAAACUGAUAAAGAUGUGCCAGCAAGAACUCAGGUGUCUCCAGAAGCUGUACAAAUGCAAAAGGUUCCAACUCAACAGGAGGAAGAAGUAUUUGAAGAGAAGCCUGAAGUUGAGGACAAGGAUGAGGAGGAAACAUGGGCAUGGGAGCUUUCUCCUCAAGAUAGUUACUCUGAUGAUCUGUCUGAUUUGAUGGAAGAUGGGGCUCUUGAAACUCCAGGAAUGCCAGGUGACAAGAGAGACGGAAAACCAAAAGAGGAGGCAGCAGGCAGAGGCCGAGGACUCAAACCAAGACAAACACCUUCCCCUGGUGAUCCUGACAAGAGGAAAGGACUGAAACCUGGUGGUGGAGGGGACAAACCUCCUGGAGACUCACCUUUUGGUUUCCAGCUCAAAGCAGUUCCUCUUAAGUUUGUGAAGGAGCUCAAAGACAUUGUGCUGCAGGAGGCUGAGUCAGUUGGUUCUUCUGCUGUAUUUGAGUGCCAGAUCUCACCCUCCACUGCUGUAACUACUUGGAUGAAGGAUGGAAGCAACUUGAGAGAGAGCCCAAAACACAAAUUCACUUCUGAUGGCAAAGACCGUAAGCUGGCUAUCAUUGAUGUCCAGCUCUCUGACACUGGAGAAUACACAUGUGUCGCCAAGCUGGGUAACAAAGAGAAGACAUCCACCGCCAAACUUAUUGUAGAAGAACUGCCAGUCAAAUUCACAAAGACCCUGGAAGAGGAGACUUCUGUUAUAAAGGGUCAGCCUUUGUACAUUACCUGUGAAUUGAGCAAAGACAGGGAUGUGGAAUGGAAGAAGGAUGGAAAGCCUCUCAAAGCAAUUGCUGGCAAAGUUGCAAUCAACGUGAUUGGACUGCAGCGUGCCGUAACAAUCCAGGACUCAAAUGAUGAUGAUGCUGGAGUCUACACAUGCGAAUGUGAACACUUAAAAACUCAAACCAAUGUUAAGAUUAUUGAAAUUAUCAGAGAUUGGUUGGUGAAGCCUUUGAGGGACCAGCAUGUCAAACCAAAGGCUACCGCCACAUUCAAGGCUGAACUCUUCAAAGACACUCCAAACUGGAAGUGGUUUAAGGGAGACACAGAAAUCCCCACUGAUCCUACAGACAAAAGCGAGGUCAAAAAGGAUGGCAAAGAGGUCACUCUAACCAUCAAGAAUUCCCAACCAGAUGAUAUUGGAGAAUAUGCCAUUGAAGUAGAGGGCCGUAGAUAUACUGCAAAGCUAACACUCGGAGAGAGGGAGGCUGAGAUCUUGAAGCCUCUUGUUAGUGUGGAGGUGAAAGAGAAAGAGGAGGCCAACUUUGAAACUGAAAUUUCUGAGGAUGAUGUUGUGGGAGAAUGGAAGCUUAAAGGACAAGUUCUGACAAGAUCUCCGACAUGCGACAUCAAAGCAGAGGGCAAGAAGAGAUUCCUUACUCUCAAGAAUGUUCAGCUUGAUCAGGCUGGUGAAGUGUCUUACCAAGCUCUAAACGCUAUAACAAGUGCAAUGCUAACAGUGAAAGAAAUCGAAAUGGACUUCACUGAUCCUUUGAAGGAUGUUUCUGUGCCUGAAAAGAAACAGGCAAAGUUUGAGUGUACAAUCACCAAGGAUGUAUCAAAAGUUAUGUGGUUUAAGGGUUCUGAUAUUAUAACAUCAGGAAAUAAAUAUGAAAUUAUUGAUGAUGGAAAAAAACAUAUGUUGAUCAUAAAUGACUGUGACUUCGAUGAUGAGACCACUUAUACUAUUGAGGUCUUGGGCAAAAAGUCAACUGCUAAACUGACGGUGGAGGGGAUGAGGCUGAAGUUCACCUCUCCGUUAUCGGAUCAAACUGUGAAGGAAGGUAAAACGGCUCGGUUUGAGAUUGAACUCUCUCAUGAGAAUGUACCAGUGAUAUGGUACAAAAAUGAUAUAAAAAUCCAUCCAAGCAGAACUGUGAUUAUCCAUGUGGAAGGAUUAAAACAUAUAAUAGAAAUCAAGGAUGUAACUCUAGAUGAUACUUGCCAAAUAAAAGCAGAGGCAAAAGGAAUAACGACUGUGGCCAAACUGGUGGUGAUAGAGGGUGAUGCAUACUUCACGGUCAAGCUGCAAGAUUAUACUGCAGUUGAAAAAGAAGAAGUCAAUCUUGAAUGUCAGCUGAGUAGAGAUGUUCCUGUCAAGUGGUUCCACAAUGAAACAGAAAUCAAAGCUUCUAAGAUGGUUACCAUGAGAGCUGAGGGAAUUCGAAGAAUUCUUACUAUUAAAAAGGUUGAGAACAAAGAUAAGGGCCAGUAUGUUUGUGAUUGUGGAACAGACAAGACAAAGGCUAACGUAAAUGUUGAAGCUCGUGACAUCAAAGUGGUGCGCCCGAUGUAUGGUGUUGAGCUCUUUGAUGGAGAGACGGCUCGUUUUGAAGUAGUAAUCUCAGAGGAUGAUAUACAUGGCCAGUGGAAACUGAAGGGAGAAGUGCUCACUCCUUCACCUGAUGUUGAAAUAAUUGAAGAUGGAGCAAAGCACACUCUCACACUGUACAACUGCAAAGUUUCCCAGACCGGAGAGGUGGUUUUCCAAGGGGCAAAUGCCCAGUGUGCUGCAAAUCUGAAAGUGAAAGAGCUGCCCAUCACUUUCAUCACACCCUUGAGUGAUGUGCAGGUGUAUGAGAAAGAUGAGGCAAAGUUCGAAUGCGAGUUAUCAAGAGAGGCAAAGACCUUCCGUUGGCUGAAAGGAUCUCAGGAGUUGAAGCCUGAUGAUAAGUUUGAAAUCCUCCAAGAGGGAAAACGUUACACUUUGGUUGUAAAAUCAGCUGCUUAUGAAGAUGAAGCCAAGUACAUGUUUGAGGCUGAGGACAAGAGAACUACUGGCAAACUGGUCAUACAAGGAAUCCGUCUUGAGUUUGUCAGGCCCAUCAAAGAUGUCACCGUUAAAGAGCGUGAAACUGCAGAAUUCAGUAUUGAGCUCUCACAUGAGAAAAUUCAAGUCACAUGGUACAAAAAUGAUGUGCGCUUGCAUCCCAGCAAAGUAGUGCACAUGUCAGAGGAGGGUAAAAUCCACAUCCUCUCCUUUAAGGAAGUAUCCAUCGAUGACACCUCUCUUAUUAAGGUGGAAGCUCUUGGGAAAAGCUGUGAGGCCAUGCUCACUGUUCUUGAGGGAGAACCUUACUUCACCAGUAAACUGCAAGACUACACUGCGGUUGAGAAGGAUGAAGUUGUGCUGAAGUGUGAACUCAGCAAAUCCUCUGCUGAAGUGAAGUGGUUCAAAGAUGGAAAGGAGAUCACUCCCUCCAAGAAUGUCCUCAUCAAAGCCGAUGGAAAGAAGCGAAUUCUAACAGUUAAGAAGGCUGAGAAAGUCGACAUUGGAGAAUACACUUGUGAUUGUGGUUCUGACAAAACAUCAGCUAAACUGAACAUUGAAGAACGUGACAUUAAGAUUGUGCGUCCACUGUAUAGUGUGGAGGUCACAGAGACAGAAACUGCUCGCUUUGAGACAGAGAUUUCAGAGGAAGAUGUACACGGUCACUGGAAGUUGAAAGGAGAGGCACUUCACCAGUCUGCUGACUGUGAAAUCAAGGAAGAAGGCACCAGGCACAUGCUCAUUCUCUAUAAUGUGCGAAUGGACAUGGCUGGUGGAGUUGACUUUCAGGCUGCAAACGCUAAAUCCAGCGCUCAGCUCAGAGUUAAAGCACGAGUGAUUGGCCUGAUGCGUCCGCUCCGGGAUGUUACUGUUACUGCUGGAGAGACUGCCACUUUUGACUGUGAGCUCUCAUAUGAAGGCAUUGCUGUUGAAUGGUUCCUUGGAAGCACAAAAUUGGAACCAAGUGACAGGGUUGUCACCAGAGCAGAGGGCAGAUUGCACAGUCUUACUCUCAGAGACGUUAAGCUAUCAGAGGCUGGCGACAUCAAACUCACUGCAAAGGACUUUCACACUCAGGCCAAACUCAAUGUGAAUGAACCACCAGUUGAGUUCACCAAACCUCUGGAAGACCAGACUGUUGAAGAAGAGGCCACAGCCAUUCUGGAGUGUGAGCUCUCCCGAGAGAAAGCAGAUGUUAAAUGGUUGAGAGAUGGACAGGAAAUCCGCAAAACUAAGAAGUAUGAAAUGAUUGCUGAGGGGCGUAAGAGGAAACUCAUCAUCAAAGACUGUACGCUUGAUGAUUCAAAGACAUAUACUUGUGAUGCAAAGAACUUCAAGACUUCAGCUUUCCUUAACGUUGAGCCACCACAUGUUGAGUUUACCAAGCCCCUUCAUGAUGUUGAGGUCAAGGAGAAGGAAUCUGCAAGAUUUGAAUGCGAAGUGUCACGUGAAAAUGUCAAGGUUCGCUGGUUUAAGGAUGGCGGUGAAAUCAGAAAAGGCAAAAAGUAUGAAAUUAUUGCCAAAGGAGUCCAGCAUAUUCUCAUCAUUCACAAGUCAGUCUUUGAUGAUGAGGCUGAAUAUGAAUGUGAUGCAAGAACCUCCAAGUCCUCUGGCAUGCUGACUGUUGUUGAGGAGGAGGCUAGAUUCAUCAAAAAUCUAUCUAAUGUUGAGGGCACUGAAACAGACAGUAUUAAAAUGAUUUGUGAGGUAUCCAAGCCCAGUGCAGACGUCAUUUGGUACAAGGGUGAUGAGGAACUGCCCGAGGGUGGAAGAUAUGAACAAAUUGCAGACGGAAAAAGGAGAAUCUUGAUCAUCCAGGACCUUCGUACUGAGGAUGCUGGAGAAUACAACUGCAGACUGCCAAAUUCUAAAACAUCAGCAACAUUAAAGAUCAGUGAAUUGGCUGCUGAGUUCAUUGCCAAACCCCAGAGCCAGGAAGUGGUUGAGGGUGAAAAGGCUGAGUUUGUUUGCUCAGUGUCCAAAGACACCUAUGAGGUUAAAUGGUUCAAGGGUGAAAAAGAACUUCACAAUGAUGAUAAGUAUGAAAUUGUCAGUGAAGGCAAGAGACGAUCACUCAUCAUCAAAGACUGUGAACGAAAGGAUGAGGGUGCAUUUUAUGCCUUCAUAGGAUCUGUCAAGGCUUCAGCAGACUUGUUUGUGAUUGAAAAACUCAGGAUAAUCACUCCCAUCAAGGAUACACAAGUGAAGGAGGGACAGGAGAUUGAUCUGAACUGUGAAGUGAAUUCAGAGGGAGCCAAAGCCAAGUGGCUGAAAAAUAAUGAGACAGUGUUUGAGAGCAGCAAGUUUAUCAUGGUCCAGAAAGAUACAGUGUUCUCUCUGAGGAUCAAAGCUGCAGAAAAGUCAGAUGAGGCCAAGUACACAAUUACUCUAACAAACCAUCGUGGUGAACAUGCUGAAAGUUCUGCCAAUGUCACUGUACAAGAGGAGCAGCUGAGGAUUAUCGAGCCUCUUGAGGACUGUGAAACAGAGGAGAAAAAGACAGUCAGCUUCACAUGCAAGGUGAACCGACCUAAUGUUACAGUUCAGUGGAUGAAGGCUGGACAGGAGAUCACCUUCAGCAAGCGUAUUAUUUAUCGCGUCGACAAAAACAAGCACACUUUGACCAUCAAAGAUUGCAACAUGGACGAUGAGGGUGAAUACACUGCCAUUGCUGGAACAGACAAGUCAACUGCUGAGCUGAUCAUUAGUGAAGCACCUACUGACUUCACCACACAGCUCAGAGAUCAGACCAUCACUGAGUUUGAGGAUGCUGAGUUUGUUUGUAAAUUGUCUAAAGAGAAGGCUCAAGUUAAGUGGUACAGGGAUGGCCGUGAGAUCAGAGAAGGGCCAAGAUAUCACAUGGAGAAAGAUGGCAAGACUUGCAUACUCCGUAUUAAGGAGUGCAGACCGGAUGAUGAAUGUGAAUAUGCCUGUGGAGUGGAAGACAGGAGAUCCAGGGCCCGCCUCUUUGUUGAGGAGACCCCAGUUGAGAUUGUCAGACCACCUACAGAUGUAUUUGAGCCUCCAGAGUCAGAUGUUGUCUUCGAGGUUGAGCUGAAUAAGGACAGAGUUGAGGUCAAAUGGAUGAGGAACAACAUGAUCAUUGUCCAGGGAGACAAGUACCAGAUGAUAAGUGAGGGAAAGGUUCACCGCCUUCAAGUAUGUGAGAUCAGACCUCGUGAUCAGGGCGAGUACAGAGUUGUUGCCAAAGACAAAGAUGCAAGAGCCAAGCUGGAACUAGCAGCUGUGCCAAAGAUCAAGACUACAGAUCAAAAUCUUGUAACGGAUGCUGGCAAACCUUUUGUCAUGACUGUUCCUUAUGAUGCUUAUCCCCGUGCGGAAGCAGCAUGGUUCUUUGAAAGUACCAGCCUGCCAGUGCAGAACAUUGACACAUCCGUAGACAGGACAGAGUACAGGCUUAAGGAUCCAAAGAAGUCUGACCAGGGCAGAUACAAGAUCGUCAUUAAGAACAAACAUGGACAGGGAGAGGCCUUCAUCAAUUUGGACGUUAUUGAUGUACCUGGCCCUGUGAAGAACCUGAGGGUUAUUGAUACUGCUGAUGGUGAGGUGAGUCUCGCCUGGGACGAGCCUGAAAAUGAUGGUGGCAGCAAGAUCUUGGCUUACGUUGUGGAGAGGCGUGACGUUAAGCGCAAAACCUGGACCCUGGCCACAGACCGUGCAGAUUCUCCCGAGUACUGCGUUAGUGGAUUGCAGAGAGACAAUAUGUACCUCUUCCGAGUUUGUGCUCGCAACAGAGUUGGCAAUGGAGCAAUUGUCACAACUGAUACUCCUGUUCAAGCCAAAAAUAAAUUUGAUGUUCCUGAUGCACCUCAGAAUGUCAUGGUUGGAGUUGUAAAUAGGUUUGGUGCCACUGUCUCUUGGGAGCCCCCAUUGUCUGAUGGAGGCUCUGAGAUCACAUCCUACAUCAUUGAGCUCCGUGACAGGACCUCUGUGAGGUGGGAGGCGGCCAUGAUAACCAAACCAGAAGAUCGUACAGCCACUCUCAAUGAUGUUGUUGAAAACAAAGAAUACAUCUUCCGUGUCAGAGCAGAAAAUAAGGCAGGAAUUGGCAAGCCGAGUGCUGCUACUGAUGCAGUGAAAAUAAUGGAUCCUAUAGAGAGGCCAAGCCCACCUCUGAACUUCACCUACACAAAUCAGACCAAAGAAUCUGUUCAGCUGUCAUGGGAGACCCCCCUCAGCAAUGGAGGCAGUAUGAUCACGGGUUACAUCAUUGAGAGAUGUGAAGAUGGCACAGACAAGUGGCUAAGAUGCAAUGCCAGACUCUGCCCAGACCUUUACUACAAGGUGUCUGGACUGAAGUUUGGACAGAAGUAUCACUACAGAGUGCUUGCUGAAAAUGCAGCUGGAGUUUCAGAUCCAGCCGAGAAGAUUGGGCCUCUUUUGGCAGAUGAUCCACAUUGUGCACCCACAAUGGACCUGAGUGGAUUCAAAGAUGCCCUGGAGGUCAUUGUCCCUCAUCCUCUUACAAUUCGCAUCCCUAUUACUGGAUAUCCAGUGCCAAAAGCCAAGUGGACUUUUGGUGAUAAGGAGCUUACUGCUGGUGAUCGGGUGUCUAUGACUACUAGGGCUACCUAUACAGAGCUAGUCAUUGCCCCAAGUGUCCGUCCAGACAAAGGCACAUACACGUUGCAUUUGGAGAAUGAUGUGACUACAGUAUCAGGAGACAUUGAAGUCAAUGUCAUCGCCUGUCCAAGUGCACCCAAAGACUUCAAAGUUGCAGAAGUCACUAGGCGUCAUGUGCAUCUCAUGUGGGAGGCACCAGAGCAUGAUGGAGGAAGCCCUGUAACAGGUUACAAUAUUGAAAAGAGAGAAGUAUCGCGUAAAACCUGGGUCAAGGUCAUGUCAGGAGUCCAAGACCUGGAAUUCACAGUUACCGAUGUCAUUGAGGGCAAGGAAUAUUUGUUUAGUGUUUCUGCCUGCAAUAAAUGUGGUCCAGGUGAACCAGCAUACAUUGAUGAGCCAGUAAAUGUGUCCUCACCAGCAACUGUUCCAGACCCACCUGAGAACCUGAAAUGGAGAGAUAAGUCAGCUAAGGGUAUCUUCCUGAUGUGGGAACCUCCCAAGUAUGAUGGUGGUGCUGCCAUUAAAGGUUAUAUUGUUGAUAAGUGUGCUCGGGGCACUGACAAAUGGGAGGCCUGUGGAGACCCUGUUCCUGAGCUUAAGUACCAGGUCACUGGUCUCACUGAGGGACAGUGGUAUGCCUACCGUGUGAGAGCUAUGAACAGGCUGGGUGCAAGUACACCAUGCAAGGCCACUGAUGAGAUCCAGGCUAUAGAUCCUAAAGAACCUCCUGAGAUUCAGCUGGAUGUGAAACUGCUGGCUGGCUUGACUGCUAAAGCUGGUACAAAAAUUGAACUUCCAGCUGAUGUGCUUGGAAAACCAGAGCCUAAAGUAAAAUGGACAAAGGCUGAUCUUAUUCUCAGGCCUGAUGACAGGAUUACCAUUGAUACAAAGCCUGGUCAUUCUACACUGGUGAUAGCCAAAACAACAAGAUCAGAUACAGCUACGUACAUCAUUGAGGCAGUCAACUCCAGUGGCCGUGCUACUGCAACUGUUGAUGUCAAUAUUCUUGAUAAGCCUGGCCCUCCAGCUGCUUUUGACAUCUCUGAAAUCACCAAUGAAACCUGCCGUCUAGACUGGAAUGCACCCAGAGAUGAUGGAGGCUCACCAGUGACCAACUACAUUGUAGAAAUGAGACCCACAGACAAAGAGGAGUGGCAAAAACUAUCCUCUACGAUUAAACACAGUACUUUUAAAGCACACAAAUUGACCCCCAUGAAGGAGUAUAUAUUCAGGGUAUCUGCUGAGAACCAGUAUGGCAUUGGUGUGCCUGCAGAACAUGUGCCAAUUUAUGCCAAGUAUUCAUUUGAUCCUCCUGGUGCUCCAACUAGAGUUCAGCCUUCUGAUAUUGCAAAAGAUGCUGUAACCUUGACAUGGUAUGAGCCAGAUGAGGAUGGUGGUAGUCCUAUAACUGGCUAUUGGGUUGAGAGAUUUGAUCCAGAAACUGACAAAUGGAUCCGCUGUAAUAAGCUUCCAAUUAAGGACACCACAUUCAGGGUCAAAGGUCUGCCCACCAAGAAGAAGUACAGGUUCCGUGUUUUAGCUGAGAACCUUGCUGGACCUGGAAAACCAAGUGUCGAGACAGACCCAGUCUUAGUCAAGGAUCCAAUUGAUCCACCAUGGGCCCCUGGUAAACCAUUUAUUAAGGAUAUUGCCAAGACAUCUGCCUUCUUGCAGUGGACAAGACCUGAGCAUGAUGGUGGUGCCAAGAUUGAUUCCUAUAUUAUUGAGCUACUUAAGACUGGAACUGAGGAAUGGGUCCGUGUAGCAGACGAUGUACCCACGACAGAGCAUUUACUGAAGGGACUGAUGGAAAAGCAGGAGUACUCCUUCAGAGUGAAGGCAGUGAACAUCGCUGGAGAAAGUGAGCCCAGCGAUCCCAGCGACCCUGUCAUCUGCAAGGAGAGACUCUAUCCUCCAUCACCCCCACGUUGGCUCGAGGUGGUUAAUGUUACCAAGAUAAAUUGUGAUCUAAAGUGGACUGAACCAGACAAUGAUGGUGGAUCUCCAAUCACUAACUAUGUUGUGGAAAAGAGAGAUGUGAGGCGUAGGACUUGGCAGGCUGUAGACACCACAGUGAAGGAGACCAAGUACACAGUCACUCCACUCAAUGAGGGUUCUCUCUACGUAUUUCGUGUGGCAGCUGAGAAUGCAGCUGGUGUCAGUGAAUUCUGCGAACUAGAAGACUCAGUUCUGGCUAAAGAUACCUUCACUACUCCUGGACCCCCCUAUGCACUGACUAUUGUUGAAGUGUCCAAGAGGCAUGUUGACUUAAAAUGGGAGCCUCCCAAGAGUGAUGGUGGAAGACCCAUUACAAAAUAUGUUAUUGAAAAGAAAGAAAAAGUAGGAACACGUUGGGUGAAAUCUGGAAAGACAUCAGGACCUGAAUGCAAGUACAGAGUGACUGAUGUGGAUGAGGGCACUGAGGUACAAUUUCAAGUCAGAGCUGAGAAUGAGGCUGGAGUUGGACAACCAAGUGAACCCACAGAGAUCAUAACCAUUGAGGAUCCUACAAGUCCACCCUCUCCUCCCAUUGAGCUGAAAAUAAUUGAUGCAAGUAGGGAGCAUAUCAAUAUUACAUGGAAAGCUCCAGAGAAGAAUGGAGGAAGUCCUGUCACUGGCUACCAUGUUGAGUUGUCUGAGGCUGGAGCUGAAAAGUGGAUGAGAAUUAACUCCCGUCCAGUCAAAGAGCUCCGUUUCAGGGCUGAGGAGGGCAUCAUUCCAGAGAAACAAUAUGUUCUGAGGGUCCGUGCCAUAAAUGCCAUUGGAGUCAGUGAUCCCUCAGACAUUUCUGACAAAGUCUUUGCCAAAGAUCCUGACUGUGAGCCCACUAUUGAUCUGCAGACUCAAGAUGUUGUGAUCGUUGAGGGUGAAAGAAUGCAUCUGAAAAUCCCAUAUAGAGCAAUUCCUAAACCAUCAGCAGUAUGGAAAAAAGAUGAAACAGAACUCAAGGCUGAUGACAGACUCACCCUGACUUGUGAACUUAACACUGUUCAUCUGGAGAUUCACAAAUCUGCUCAUGCUGAUGCUGGUGUGUACACAGUCACCCUGGAGAACAGCUUGGGCUCAGUCACUGGAACAGUCAACGUUAAAGUAAUAGGUCUGCCUGGACAGUGUAAGGAUAUUUCUGCAAGUGAAGUGACCAAAAGCUCCUGCAAGAUCUCAUGGGAGCCUCCAGAAAAUGAUGGUGGCACCCCAAUCCUCCAUUACGUUCUGGAACGCAGAGAAGCUACAAUGAAAACAUUCAUGGCUGUGAUGUCUAGGGAGAAUGUGCAGAGCUUUGUAGUCAAGAAUCUUAUGCUUAAUGCUGAGUAUUACUUCAGAGUGAAAGCUGUCAACAAAGUUGGGUGUGGUGAAUACCUUGAUCUGCGAAACCCUGUGAUCACAGAGGAACAGAAGCAGCGCCCUGAUCCACCAAUAGACGUUGAGGGCCAGAAUCCUACUUCCACGUCUGUGACUGUUACUUGGAAAGCACCAGCAUAUGAUGGUGGCUGUCCAAUCACAGGAUACAUUAUUGAAAAGAUAGAAAAAGAUGGUGACAGAUUUGAACAAUGUGUCCCAUCACUGGUGCCUGGUUUCUCUUACACUGUAACUGGCCUGACUGAGGGCAAAGAAUAUCAGUUCCGAGUGCGUGCAGAGAAUGUUGCUGGCCAGAGUGACCCAUCCCGCAGCACUCCACUAAUCAAGGCAGCUGAUCCUGUCGAUCCACCAAAAGUCUCUCUUCACGCACGUGUACAGUCCGGCCUUGUCAUCAAGAAAGGCGAUGAGAUCAGAUUGGAUGCCUACAUCUCUGGGUCACCAUAUCCCACUGUAACAUGGCUUAGAAAUGGUGAAAAUGUCAAGCAGGUGGUCAAGAAAAAGCCAGAGCCAGUUAUAAAAAAGAAGAAGAAGGUGAAGACUGUUCAGCCUGAGCCUGAAGAGGUGUUCCAUCCACCACUACCAGACCGUCUUUCAUUCGACCAGAGCAAGAGGGGUGAAACUGCAAUAAUGGUGCGUGAUGCUAUCAGAGAUGAUCAUGGGCAGUUCACUAUCCAAGUCGAGAAUGCCCAUGGUGUUGCAACAGCAUCAUGUGAAGUCAAUGUUCUUGAUAAGCCUGGGCCACCUGUGAACUUUGGAUUUGAGGAUAUCAGGAAUAAUUCUGUCACAUGCAAAUGGGAACCACCCCUUGAUGAUGGUGGCAGUGAGAUUGUGAACUACAUACUUGAGAAGAAAGACAACACAACUGAUGAAAUUGGUUGGAUCACUGUGACCUCUACCCAUAAGGGAUAUGACUACCCUGUGACAAAACUCAUUGAAGGAAAAGAGUACAUUUUCAGAGUCACUGCUGAAAACAAGUGUGGAUGUGGACCCCCAUGCUAUUCAGAGCCCAUUGUUGCCAAAAAUCAAUUUGAUCCACCUGAUGCUCCCAACAUGCCAAGAAUUGGAGAGGUCACAGCCAAUAGUGUUGCCCUGACUUGGCAUGAGCCUAAGGAUAAUGGCAGUCCCAUCUUGGGUUACUGGAUUGAAAGACGUGAAAUUAACAGCAAGCACUGGACCAGAGUGAACCGCAAUCUUCUCAACUCAUUAAGUACCAAGGCUGAGGGACUCAUGGAGGGUCUGACCUAUGUCUUCAGAGUCUGUGCUGAGAAUCUUGCUGGCCCUGGGGAAUUCAGCGUGCCAACUGAUCCACAGCUUGCCCAUGAUCCUAUCUUGCCUCCUGGUCCACCUACACCAAGGAUUGUUGAUACUAUGAAUACAAGUAUCGACAUUGCAUGGGACCCUCCAUUGUACAAUGGUGGUGGCGACAUUCUUGGGUACCAUGUUGAGCGAAUGGUAGUUGGUGAAAAGGACUGGGUCCGCUGCACAGAGGGAAGAUGCAAGGAACGUAAGUUUACUGUGAGUGGACUUACUGAAGGAGGAGACUACAUUAUUCGUGUGAUAGCUGUCAAUGAUGCAGGCCAUGGAGCCCCUGGCAUGACCGAACCUGUUCAAGCAAAGGAGCCACAAGAGGCCCCAGGAGCUGAGUUUGAUGUGUCUGUGAGGAAUGGAGUCAUAAUCAGAGCUGGAGAAACUCUACGCUUGCCAGCAUAUGUCAUUGGUAGACCUCAACCUGAGGUGAAAUGGACCAAGGAUGAUGCUGAACCUGACAAGGAGCGUGUUGUCAUUGAAACAGUUGGAAAGAAUAGCACUCUGAGCAUCAAGCAUGUGCUCAGAACUGAUUACGGCAAAUACGAGAUCACUGGCACAAAUUCCAGUGGAACCAAAUCUGCUUGUGUCAGAGUGGACGUAAUGGAUGUGCCAGGGCCUGUGGUUGAUCUCAAAGCAGUCCAUGUCACCAAGAAGAUGAUCUCACUAAGCUGGAGUGAUCCCCUUGAUAAUGGUGGAAGUGACAUCAUGGGCUAUGUUGUUGAGAGGAAAGAUGCUAAGAUGCAUAUAUACAGACAGCCUUUGGAGACUGCUGCAUGCAAGUGUGACAUUGUCGGUCUGCUUGAUGGAGAGGAAUAUAUGUUCCGUGUAGUGGCAAGGAACAAAUAUGGCCUUGGUGCCCCUGUGGAUCUGGUCCCUAUUCUUGCUGUAGAUCCAAAAGGAGUUCCAUCUGCUCCAGAGAAGCUGCAUUACACUGACCGUUCAAAGACAACCAUAACUCUUGCUUGGCAGCCCCCUCGUAGUGAUGGAGGCAGUCCAAUCAGAGGUUAUUAUGUUAGAAAAUGAGGCAAGGACGGCUCUGAGUUUGAGACUGCUAACCGUCAAAUCUGCAAAGAUCUCUUCAUUACGCUGGAGAAUUUGUCUGAGAAUCACCUGUAUGACUUCAGAGUGAAGGCUGUCAAUGAAGUUGGAGAUGGUGAACCAUCAAAGCCAAUAAAUGUUCUUAUCCAGGAUGAUGAGGUUGCCCCAACUGUGACCAUUUUGAAGCAUUUCAAGAGUGAUGCCAUUAUUGUCAAAAAGGGAGCAGCCAUUGAAAUCCCUGCUGAAGUUGUCGGUCUCCCAUUGCCAACAAUUGAGUGUGUCUAAAAAUGGUAGUAGGUUAUUGAUAAACCAACAGAGACAAUGACACUUGAAACAGAGGAGAUCAACAGAACAACAAUUAGAACAAAGAUAGGUGUCCCAGAGACUGUCAGACAAGAUACAGGCUUGUAUAAACUGACAGCUACAAAUCGUCUUGGAACAGCUUAUCACAACAUCAGAGUAGACAUUUUAGAUCGUCCCUCACCACCAAGAAAUAUUGUGGUGUCUGAUAUCAAAGCUGAAUCCUGCUAUCUCACUUGGGAUGCUCCAGAGGACAACGGUGGAAGUGAAUUAACAAACUACAUAAUUGAGAAGAGGGAUGCUAGCAAGAAGAAGUCUGACUGGGAGCAGCUGACAUGCUGCAUCAUCGACAGACGAUAUGGAGUGUACAAGCUGGAGACCUAUGGCACCUACCAGUUCCAAAUUAAAGCUGAGAACAAGUAUGGAAUCAGUGAUGGCUGUGAAUCAGAGAAGGUUGUCCUCAAGGAUCCAUAUGGUCUUCCUGGUCCACCACAAAAACCAAGGAUUAUUGGACACACACGGUCUUCCAUGUUGGUAACCUGGGAACCUCCACUGGACAAUGGCGGUGCCACAAUUCAAGGGUACUGGCUUGAAAAGAGGGAGAGGGGUGCUGUUUACUGGAGUCGUGUUAACAGAGCUCCUGUCACAAAGCCAGCCGUAAAGGGCCUUGAAUACAACAUUCUCCACCUCAUUGAGGGUACUGAGUACCAGUUCCGUGUGAUGGCUGUUAAUGCUGCUGGAGUUGGGCCCCCAAGCGAGGCAACCGAGUGUGUGUUUGCUGUUGAUCCGAGAAACCCACCAAGUCCACCAUCAAGCCCUGAAGUAACAGACAAAACCCAGAGUUCUGUCUCUCUUUCUUGGCAACCACCUGAGAAAGAUGGUGGAAGCCCCAUCAAGGGUUACAUUGUGGAGGUUCAAGAGGAGGGAAGUCUAGAAUGGAGGAGAGUGAAUCAGCCAGACAAGUUGAUUCUCAACAAUUCGUACACUGUGACAAAUCUCCCAGAAAAUAAGAAAUGCAAGUUUAGAGUUAUUGCUGUCAAUGCCGCUGGAGAGUCUGAACCAAGUCCAAGGACAGCAGACAUCAUUGUACAAGAGAUUUUGGAGGAACCAGUUAUAACUGUGGACGUCAGCGCACAUGAGCUUCUGUCCUGUCGUGCUGGAUCAGAAAUCAAAAUUCCAGCCAGCAUCACAGGUAGACCUAUUCCAAAGGUCACAUGGGAAUUUGAUGGAACUGCCCCAACAGAGAAGAAGAAUGAACGUCAUAAUCUUCCAGUAGACUCAGAGAUUCACUCUACAGAUAACACAUCAGUAGUAACAAUCCCUGAGAGUAAGCUCAACCAUAGUGGACGCUACAUCAUCACUGCUACAAACACAGCUGGAACAAAAGUAGUUAAAGUCAGGGUAAAUGUGCUUGACCUUCCAGGACCUCCUAAAGAUCUCAAAGUCACAGAUAUUACACGAGGCACAUGCAGACUUACAUGGAAGCCUCCAGAUAAUGAUGGUGGAGAGAGAAUCAAGAGUUACUUCAUUGAGAAGAAAACUGUUGAAGGAAAGGCCUGGACCAAGGUCAACCCAGCCUGUGCCAGUCAGUCCUUUGUUGUGCCUGACCUCAUUGAGGGACAAGACUACCUGUUCAGAAUUCGGGCAGAAAAUCGCUUUGGCAUGGGACCCCACAUUGAAACCAUUCAGAGAACUAGGGCCAGAGAUCCAAUCCAUCCCCCUGAUCCUCCCACUAGAGUCAAAAUCAUUGAUGUCUCUAAGGGCACAGUGACACUGACAUGGAAGCCACCAAGGAAUGAUGGUGGAGCUCCUGUAACUCACUAUAUUGUUGAGCGUCUCUGGUGGGAUGCAAGUGGAACUCAGAAGGAGUCCUGGAGACAGUGCAACAGGCGUGAUAUUGAAAGUACCAGUUUCAAAGUGGAGGAUCUUAUUGAGGGUGCAGAAUAUGAAUUCCGUGUCAAAGCAGUAAAUGAAGUUGGUGCAAGCAGACCCUCUUCAACUGCAGGGCCGAUUAUUGUGAAGGACCAGACAAGGGCACCUUCUAUUGAGCUGGAAGAGUUUAUGGAAGUUGAGCAAGGAACUGAUAUAAGCAUUGUGGCUAAAAUAAAAGGAUGUCCAUUCCCAACCUUGACCUGGCAGAAGGCUCCACCACACAAGGCUGAUGAUAAGGUUGAUGUGGUGUAUGAUGAACAUGUCAACAAAAUUGUGUCUGAUGAUAGCUGCACCUUGCUGAUUCAACAGGGCAAACGCUCAGACACUGCUCUCUAUACUAUCACCGCAACCAACAGCUUGGGCAAGGCCUCCAAGGAAAUGAGACUUAAUGUUCUUGGACGACCUGGGCCACCCUCUGCACCAAUCAAAUUUGAAGAGAUUCAUGCUGAACAAAUCACCUUGUCAUGGCUUCCUCCUAAAGAUGAUGGUGGCUCAAAGGUCACUAACUAUGUCAUUGAAAGACGUGUAGCGAAUAGGAAGACAUGGAUCCCUGUCACUAAUGAGCCCAAAGAACGCAUCUAUACCAUUGAAGGUCUGAUGCGAGGCCAUGAAUAUGUGUUCCGUAUCAGGGCUCAGAACAAAUAUGGAGUUGGUGAUCCUCUUGACAGUGAACCAGAGACAGCCAGAGAUGUUUUCACUGUCCCUGGCCAAUGUGAAAAACCAACACUGUCAAGUAUUACACUUGACUCCAUGACUGUGAACUGGGAGGAGCCAGACACAGAUGGUGGAACUCCAAUAACAGGCUACUGGCUUGAACGGAAAGAGACCACAUCCAAACGCUGGAGCAGAGUCACUCGUGACCCCAUUAAACCAAUGCCACUUGGUGUGUCCUACAAUGUAACUGGUCUUAUUGAGGGUUCUGAGUAUCUAUUCCGUGUGACUGCAAUUAAUGCAGCAGGAUGUGGGCCUCCAAGUGUGCCAACAGACCCUACAUUUGCAAGAGAUCCCAUUGCACCUCCUUCACCUCCUACACCCAAAGUUACUGACUGGACCAAGUCCACUGUUGACUUGGAAUGGAUUCCUCCACUAAAAGAUGGUGGAUCAAAGAUCCAGGGAUACUAUGUUGAAUAUAAAGAGGAGGGAACAGAAGCAUGGAUAAAGGCAAAAGACAAAGAAAUAAGAGGAACCAAAUUUGUGGUUUCUGGACUGAAGGAAAAAGGACUUUACAGAUUUAGAGUUCUAGCAUUCAACGCUGCUGGUCUCAGUGAGCCUGGAGAAGUUGAUGAAGUUAUUGAAGUCAAGGACAGAAUAGUUCCUCCAGUGCUUGAGCUGGAUGUCUCUGUGAAAGAGAGGAUGGUAGUCCAUGCUGGAGGUGUUAUUCGCAUCCUGGCCUAUGUGUCAGGCCAGCCUGCACCCCAGAUUACAUGGGGUCGAAAUGAUGCUGCUGUGCCAGCGGAGGCCGCUGUCGAGACCACAUCGAUCAGUUCCUCAUUGGUUAUCAAGCAGUGCACUAGAAAACAACAAGGGGUUUACACUCUGACUGCCAAAAAUGAGGGAGGGGAAGUGAAGAAAUCCAUCAUUGUUGAUGUACUGGAUGUCCCUGGCCCAGUUGGUGCACCUUUCACCACAGAGAACCUCAGUACUGACUCAUGCAAGUUGAACUGGUUCUUCCCUGAUGAUGAUGGUGGUUCUGCCAUUACUAACUACGUUAUUGAGAAACGCGAAGCUGAGCGCAAAGCUUGGACCACAGCUUCCUACACCCUCAGCAGACAUAGUGCAAUCGUCCAUAAUUUGGUUUUAGGAAAAUCCUAUUUCUUUAGGGUUGCAGCAGAAAAUGCAAUUGGAAUUGGUCCAUUCCUUCAAACCACGAGUGAAAUUACCAUCAGGGAUCCAGUCACUGUUCCUGAACGCCCUGAGGAUCUGGAGGUCACAGCAGUCACUAAAGACUUCAUUAGUGUAACAUGGAAACCACCCAAAUAUGAUGGUGGAUCAGAAGUAACAUCCUACGUUUUGGAAGCACGUAUGAUUGGCAAGGAUAAAUUUGUCAGACUGACAAAAGAAAAGCUGAUGGAGAGACGAUUCACUUAUGAUGGUCUGAGAGAAGGAGACACCUAUGAAUUCCGUGUGAGUGCGGUGAAUGAAAUUGGACAAAGCAAGCCGUCCUUCUGCACUAAACCAAUUACAUGCAGAGAUGAACUUGAGCCUCCAACCAUUGAACUUGACUUCCGUGACAAAGUCAUUGUUCGUGUUGGUGAGAGUUUUGCCCUGCAAGGUCGGUACACAGGAAAACCUGCUCCAUCUGUAGUUUGGACAAGGGAUGAUGAAGACCUAAAAGCGGACAACCAUGUCAAAUUUAAAAAUACACUGACAACAAUGUGUCUGGGCAUCAUCAAAGCUCAGCGUGGACACAGUGGUAGAUACUGUGUGACAGUUGAGAACUGCACAGGGUCUCGCAAAGGCAUUUGCAAUGUUACUGUUGUUGACCGUCCUCUUCCUCCUGUGGGUCCAGUUAUCUUUGAAGAAGUUCAUCGAGAUCACAUGGUUAUCUCUUGGAAGCCUCCUCUUGAUGAUGGUGGAAGCGAAAUUUCUAACUAUAUAAUUGAGAAGAGAGACACAAACAGGGAUAUAUGGACCACUGUCACCUCUGCCUCAACAAAGACCACCUGCAAAGUCCCUAAGCUGGUGGAGGGCAGAGAGUACAUCAUGAGAAUCUGUGCUGAGAAUAUGUAUGGCAUUAGUGACCCACUGGAAUCCGAGGAGAUGAAGGCUAAAGAUCUAUUCAGAGUGCCAGAGGCACCAGAGCAGCCUGUUGUGAGGGAUGUCUAUCAUGACUCAGCUCUUGUGAUUUGGAACAGACCUCGUGAUGGUGGCAAGCCUAUUACUAACUACAUUUUGGAAAAGAAAGAACCCUCAGCUAAGAGAUGGUCUCGGGCAACCAGAGACCAUAUUUACCCCAAUACUCAGUUUAGGGUCACGGACCUCAUGGAAGGCUGUGAAUAUGAGUUCCGUGUGAUGGCAGAGAAUGAACUUGGCAUUGGUGACCCCAGUCCACCAUCAAAACCAAUUCUUGCCAAGGAUCCAAUUGUACUUCCAAGCCCACCUGUGCUGCCAGAGGCAGUGGACAAAACCAAGGAUUCAGUAAGUCUGGCGUGGAGAGUACCUCGCCAUGAUGGCAAAGGAAAAAUCUUUGGCUACCUUGUGGAGUAUCAGAAACCAGGUGCCAUUGAAUGGAUCCAUGCAAAUGAGACUCCUGAGUCAUGCCCAGACACAAAAUUUGUUGUGACAAACCUACCAGAUGGUGAAGAGUUCCGUUUCAGGAUCAUGGCUGUGAAUGCUGCUGGCAAAUCUGAACCAGCCUAUGUUAGGGAACCUGUCAAAGUGCACGAAAGACUUGAGGCCCCAGAGUUGCUGCUGGAUGCCAAUAUGGCUCGUGACCAUCUAGCCAUGAUAGGAACAGACAUCACCCUCAGUGCUGUCAUUAAGGGCAUGCCCAUUCCUGCAGUAUCUUGGAAAAAGAAUGAUGGAGAGGUUCCUUCUCAUAUUAUUGUUGAAGUCACUACAACAGGAAGCAAAUUGCAUAUUAAAAAGUGCACACGUGCUGACUGUGGAAACUAUACUAUUACUGUUGAAAAUGCUGCUGGAUCAAAAACAGCCACUUGCACAGUGCUUGUCUUGGAUAAACCUGGGCCUCCACGGGAUCUAACCAUCUCUGAGAUCACAAGUGAAUCAGCCUACCUUACUUGGAAAGCACCUGAGGAUGAUGGUGGAGCCGUCAUUUCACAUUAUGUUGUGGAAAAGAAAGAUGUUGCUGCUGAAAAAUGGGUGCCAGUCUGUGCAUCCUCCAAAAAGCUCAGUCUGAUGGCUCUUUAUCUAAUGGAGGGUAUCCAGUACCUCUUCCGUGUUGCAGCUGAAAAUCAGUUUGGCAGAAGUGCAUACAUUGAAACCAUCAAGCCUAUCAAAGCAAUUGAUCCUCUCUACCCACCUGGUCCACCUAAGAAUUUGCAUCAUGUAGAUGCAGACAAAACUGAAGUCUGGCUUCAGUGGGAGUGGCCUGAUCGCACAGGUGGAAGUGAAAUCACUGGAUUCAUUGUUGAAUAUCAAGAGGAAGGAGCCACAGAUUGGGUUACAUUCAAGACUGUCAGCAAUCCUCAAAGUCAUGUUACUGGACUCGAAGAGGGAAAGACGUACAGAUUCCGCGUGAAAGCACAAAAUGCCAUUGGUGUGAGCCGGCCAGAUACUAGUGUUCCAGUGACAUGUCAGGAAAAGACUUUGCCCCCAUCUAUUGAAGUGGAUGUGAAACUUAUUGAGGGUCUAAUUACAAAAGCUGGAAGUACAAUUACACUUCCAGCAAUCAUGAAGGGUAUUCCAACUCCUACUGCCAAGUGGUUGAGCGAUGGUAAUGAAUUGCAGACGGAAGGCAAAUACAAGAUUGACACUGAGGGAACUUCAACGGCACUCACCAUUAGUGAAUGUGCCAGAACCGACAGUGGAGAGUACAUUCUCACUGUAUCAAACCCUGCUGGCAGUAAGACAGUUGCUCUGCAUGUAACUGUGCUGGAUGUCCCAGGACCUCCAAUUGGUCCUGCUAACAUCCUGGAGGUUGCUCCUGAUCACAUGGUUAUCAGCUGGCGCCCGCCAAAAGAUGAUGGUGGGACGCCUGUGACAAGCUAUAUUGUUGAGAAGAAGGAUGUCAAGAAGCCUUGGGAGCCCUGGCAUGUUGUAAGCUCUGGAAGCACAAGCAUGAAAGCAAAAAUUCCUCGCUUGGAAAAAGGUCGUGAAUAUAUUGUACGGAUCCGUGCAGAAAAUAAAAUUGGCAUAGGAGCUCCCCUGGAAAGUCCACCAACUAUUGCAAAACAUAUGUUUGAUCCACCUGGUCCACCUGGUCAGCCAGUAUGUUCUGAUAUAACUGAAAAUGCUGUAACAGUAGAAUGGACCGUGCCAGACACUGAUGGUGGCAGUCCAGUCAGUGGCUACAUUGUAGAACGCAGGGAGAUGACUGGUAAAUGGAUUCGUGUGAAUAAGACACCGGUCUUGGAUGUAAGAUACAGAGCAUCUGGUCUGUUUGAGGGGAACAGUUAUGAAUUCAGAAUCUUUGCUGAGAACAUUGCAGGUAUAAGUGAGCCCUCACCAGUGUCAGAUCCAGUAAAAGCCACACGUCCAUUAGGUCGCCCAGGACCUCCAGGUAACCUAAAACUGAAGGACUGGAGCAAGUCAUAUGCUGAUUUGGUGUGGUCCAAGCCCACCAGAGAUGGUGGCAGCCCUAUUAUAGGCUAUGUUGUUGAAAUCCAGAGAUCAGGUUCUGCUCAAUGGGAAAGAAUUAAUAAAGACCCAAUAAAACCAUGUGCUUUCAGAGUACCAGGACUUGCUGAAGGUACAGAAUAUAGGUUCCGUGUCAGAGCUUCAAAUAAGGUUGGAGACAGUGAACCAAGAGAACUCCAAGAAACAGUUCUUGCCAAGGAUAUUCUUAUUCCACCUGAAGUCACCGUUGAUGUUGCAUGCCGUGACAGUCUGACGGUCAGGGCAGGACAGAUCAUCAGUCUUGUGACUCGUGUUAAAGGUAGACCUGAUCCUGAAAUAACCUGGACUAAAGAUGCAAGAGUUUUAAGCAGGGACAAACGCACAGAAAUGAACAACACAUUCCCUCUGGUUGAGCUUGUCAUCCAGGAAGCUGUGAGAGGAGAUUAUGGAAAGUAUGCAAUUCAGGCUAAAAACAGCAGUGGUCAAGCACAAGCUACGAUUAUAGUCAAUGUACUUGAUAUUCCAGGAGCUUGCCAGAAUUUGAAAGUUGCCUAUGCAACUAAGGACUCUUGCAUGGUGUCCUGGGAGAACCCAGAGGAUAAUGGUGGCUCUGAAAUCACGAAUUAUGUAAUUGAGUGUCGUCAGCCUAGUCAGAGAGGUUGGACAGUUGUCUCAUCUGACUGCACAAAACGGCUUAUCAAAGCUCCACUGGUGGAAAAUUGUGAGUAUUUCUUCCGUGUGAGUGCAGAGAACAAAUGCGGUGUAGGACCAUCAACUGAAACAAAAACACCAGUUCUUGCUGUUGAUCCUAUUGAAAAACCUGGCGAACCAGAGAACCUACAAAUUAUUGAAAUUGGAAAGAAUUUUGUCUUCCUCAAAUGGAAGAAGCCAGAGUAUGAUGGUGGUAGCCGUAACCUUGCAUAUCAUAUUGAAAAGAAACCUAAAGAGGCGGAAGAAUGGGAAAGACUUCACAAAGGUGCAAUUAAGGAAACAUUCUUUAUGGCAGACAGGUGUAUUGAAAACCAACUAUAUCAGUUUAGAGUACAAACAAAGAAUGAGGCAGGAGAGAGUAACUGGGUGACAACACCUGAAGUUCUUGUAAAAGAAGAGAUCGUAGAACCUGAGCUCAAAGUCAAAAUGACUGGGGUUAUUUUGGUUAAAGCUGGAGAUUCAAUUGCCAUUGAAGCUGAUAUGAAAGGAAAACCACAGCCAGAUGUCAAGUGGACUAAAGAGGGUGACACAGAGGAUAUCAGCAAGAGCCCUAGAGCUCAGAUUGAAACUGGCACCAACUUCUCUAAAUUCCUCCUAACAAACUCCAAACGUGGAGACACCGGGAAAUAUAUCAUCACUGCUACAAACAGCGCAGGAACCUGCACUGCUUCUGCGGCUGUUAAUGUCCUUGAUAAACCUGGUCCAAUUAGAGAACUCAAAGUGUCAGGUAUUUCAGUGGACCGAUGCAAAUUGACAUGGGAACCACCAGAGGAUGAUGGUGGAUGUGAGAUUUAUAACUAUAUUAUUGAAAAAUGUGAGACAAAGAGGAUGGUCUGGUCAAUCCACUCUUCAGCGGUGAUAACCAACUCUGCAAAUAUAACUCGCCUUGUGGAAGGAAAUGAAUACAUAUUCAGAGUGAGAGCAGAAAACAAAAUGGGGGCUGGUCCUGGUGUAGAAACUGAAUCUAUUAUUGCUCGAACUCAGUUUAGUAUACCUGGUGCUCCAGAUGCUCCCGAAGUAACCAAAAUUGCCAGAACAGAGAUGACAGUCGCAUGGUCUUCUCCAGAGAAUGAUGGUGGGAAACCCAUCACUGGUUACAUUCUUGAGAAAAAAGAAGAAUAUGCCGUCAGAUGGGCCCCAGUUACAAAAGAUCAAAUUCCUAGCGCACAUAUGACUGUCACUGGCUUGUUGCCAAAUCAUGAGUACCAAUUCCGCGUCAAAGCUGUGAAUGAGAUUGGCAUCGGUGAACCAAGCAAGCCAUCAAGGCCGCUCACUGCUAGAGAUCCUGUUGAGCCUCCUGGUCCUCCUGUAAACUUGAAGGUUACCGACAGCUCAAAGACAUCAGUUACGCUUGGCUGGGAAAAACCUGCAUACGAUGGUGGUGCUCCACUCAUUGGAUAUGUUGUGGAAGUCAGACCCAAGGCUGUAAGCAAAAAGUCAGAUGAGGGUUGGAAGAGGUGCAACGUUGCCGCGCAGCUGAUUGCUACAGAAUUUACAGUAACAAGUUUGGAUGAAAAACUUGAAUAUGAGUUUCGCGUUUCUGCACAAAAUCAGAUUGGUAUUAGUCAGCCUGCAAAUCUUGAAGGAGCUGUUACACCCAGGGAUAUCCUCGAGGCUCCUGAAAUUGACCUGGAUGCCAACCUGAAAAAGGGUCUUACUGUUAGAGCUGGAUGUCCAAUCAGGCUCUGUGCAACUAUCAGGGGAAGACCUGCACCUAAAGUAUUAUGGAGACGAAUGGGAAUUGAUAAUGUUGUCAGAAAAGGUCAGGUGGAUCUCAUUGACACAAUGACAUUCCUUGUUAUCUCUGAAACCACCAGAGAGGACUCUGGCAAAUAUUCUCUGACAGUGUCCAGCGCAGCAGGAGAAAAGGCAGUCUUUGUCAAUGUCAAAGUACUUGAUACCCCUGGGCCUGUGAUCGGCCUAGACGCAAGUGACAUCACAGUGAUGUCCUGCAAUCUGACAUGGUCUCCACCUGAAUUAGAUGGUGGCAGUGAAGUCACUCACUACAUCGUUGAAAAGCGUGAGAUUGAUCGCAAAACUUGGGCAACAGUCAAUGCCAAUGUGGACAAGACAACGGUUAAAGUCAGCAAUCUGUCCCCAGGCACAGAAUAUUAUUUCAGAGUCACAGCUGUGAAUGAGUAUGGCCCUGGAGUUCCAAAAGUUUCUCCAAGGUCCUAUCUGGCAUCGGAUCCUGUCAGCAAACCAGACCCACCCCAGAAAGUCGAUGUUUUGGAGAUAACUAAAAACAGUGCAACAAUAGGCUGGGUGAAACCUAUGAGGGAUGGAGGAGCUAAGAUUGAUGGUUAUGUAAUUGACUACCUUUUGCUCCCUGCACCCAAACCACCCAAGGAACCAGUGGAGGGUGAUACUGAAACUGCUGCAGAAGUAGCAGCUGAGCCAGUGCCUGCACCUCCUCCUGCAGAGGAAGAAGUCGAAGAAAAGAAGGAAGAAUGGACACCAUAUACAGUUGUUAAAGAUUUAAGUAUAUCUGUUGUUGGUCUAAAGGAGGGAAGGAAAUACCGAUUCCGAGUGGCAGCAAGAAAUGCCAUGGGAUGCAGUCUACCCACUGAAACUAGAGAUGCAUUUGAGAUCAAAGAACAAAUGUUGGAGCCCAAGAUCAUUAUGCCAGAGACUGUCUCUGCAAAGGCAGGGGCUAAACUUAGGGUGGAAGCCCUUGUUUCUGGAAAGCCAGCACCUUCCUGCCAGUGGAAGCGUGGAGAUGAUAAUGUUGUCCCCUCUAGUCGUCUUGCUGUGCACAAAUCCCAGAAUGUGUGUGUGCUCAUCAUCAAAGAUGUCUCACGAGCAGACAGUGGCCAAUACAGCCUUGUUGCAGAGAACAGCUCAGCUAAAGUGGAACAGACUAUGAAAAUAAUAAUUAAAGAUAUCCCUGGCCCACCUGAGCCACCCUUUGAGAUCAGUGACAUAGACUCUGAUGCCUGCACACUCUCCUGGAAUAAACCACUUGAAGACGGUGGAAGUAAAAUCACCAACUAUGUGGUUGAGAAAUGUGAUGUAAGCAGAGGUGACUGGGUCAGUGCUCUCUCAAGCUGUGGUAAGACUGGAUGCCGGCUUGGAAAGCUUAUUCCUGGAAAAGAGUAUAUCUUCCGCGCCCGUGCUGAGAACCGUUUUGGUAUUUCUGACCCGCUCACAUCUGAGAGGAUGGUUGCUAAAUUCCCAUUUGAUGUUCCUGGAGAACCUCUGAAUUGUCGCAUCACCAAAAUAAACAAGGACUGUAUGUUUGUGGCUUGGGACAAGCCAGAGUCCGAUGGUGGAAGUCCUAUUACUGGAUAUUACAUUGAACGUAAAGAGAGGAACAGUUUGCUUUGGGUCAAAGCCAAUGAUUCAGUUGUUCGCACAACUGAAUACCCCUGUGCUGGCAUCAUUGAAGGUCUGGAAUACACUUUCAGAGUAUCUGCUAUUAAUCGUGCAGGACAGGGAAAACCAAGUAAGAAGACAGAUUUUGUCACAGCAAGAACACCAGUUGAUGCACCAGGAAAACCAGAGGUCCUUGAUAUAACCAAGAAUAGUAUUUCUCUGGUGUGGGGCAGACCAAAGAAUGAUGGUGGAAGCAAGAUAAUUGGAUAUUAUGUUGAAGCAUUGAAGCUUCCUGGUGACAAAUGGGUCCGAUGCAACACCAGCAGCCAAAAUGUGCCACGGGAAGAAUACACAGCAACUGGAUUGGAGGACGGUAUCCAGUACCAGUUCAGAGUCAUUGCUAAGACAGCAGUUAACCUUAGCAGGCCAUCUGAGAUAUCUGACCCCAUUCUGGUGUGUGCUGAAAAUGUGCCUCCAAGAAUUGAGCUUUCAAUUCAGAUGAAAAAACUUCUUCCAGUGAAGGCUGGAUCAGAUGUCAGUCUUGAGGCAGAAGUUUUUGGCAAACCAAUGCCAAAGGUGACAUGGAGCAGAAAUGGAGAAGCAUUGAAAGCUGACAAGAAUUUGAAGAUGUCACAAAAGAGGCAUCUCUUCCUUCUAGAUCUCUCUGCAGUGACCAAAGAUCAAACAGGAGAAUACUCUAUUCUUGCUGAAAAUGCAAGUGGUUCUAAGACUGCUGAAAUACAACUUACUGUUUUGGAUAUACCUGGUCCUCCAGCCUCUGCCAAGUUUGAUGAAGUGUAUGCAGAUUGCAUCAAGCUGUCUUGGGAGCCUCCUCUCGCUGAUGGUGGUUCUCCAAUCACCAAUUACAUUGUUGAUAAACGUGAAACAAGCAGAGCAAACUGGGCUCAGGUUUCAGCCAAAAUCAGUCGUGAUGUCACUGAAUGCCGUGUGGAGAGGCUGAUUGAGGGACGUGAAUACCAGUUCCGUAUCAGAGCAGAGAAUCGGUAUGGUGCCGGUGAUCCCAUCCUGACGGAUCCUGUGGUGGCCAAGAAUCCCUUCACUGUUCCUGGGGCAUGCGAACCACCAAUUAUUACAAACGUCACAAAGGAACAUAUGACUGUAAGUUGGAAGGAACCUGCUGAUGAUGGCAAGUCUACCAUCCUUGGAUAUAUACUUGAAAAACGUGAAACCAAAGAGGUCAACUGGACGAAACUGAAUAGGAAGCCUAUGCUAGAGAGGUCACUUGAAGUUGGAGGUCUCACUGAGGGGGCUCAGUAUGAGUUCAGAGUUACUGCUCUUAACAAAGCUGGCCUUGGCAAACCCAGUGACCCCUCUGAAGCUGCCACUGCAAGCGAUCCUCUACAUCCUCCUGGCCCACCUAUUUCUCCGACGGUCACAGAUGUAACCAGCAGCACAAUUAGCCUGACCUGGACAAAACCAGCGAAUGAUGGUGGCAGUGAAAUAUUAGGAUAUCUUGUUGAAUGUAAAAGAACAGAUGCAACAGAUUGGAUUAGAUGCAAUGUACCUAAGAAUCUGCAAGACACAAAUUAUGUCGUCACUGGUCUCCUUGAGAAAUCUGAAUAUCAACUACGUGUGUCUGCUGUAAACAAAGUUGGCUUCAGUGAGCUAGCUGAAGUUCCAGACAAACACGUUGCAAAGGAUACUUUUGUUGCUCCUGAGGCUGAACUUAGUGCUGAACUUAAGGAAACUUUGGUGUUACAAGCUGGUUCUCGAAUGAGACUUCAUGCAAAAAUAAAAGGUCGUCCUACUCCAAAGGUGACUUGGGCCAAGAUGAACACCAACAUAAAGGACAGACAAGGAAUUGUCAUCAAGACUACAGAGUCUGAUACUCUGGUUUCUGUUGACAAAGUGAACAGAUAUGAUGCAGGCAAAUAUAUUCUGAACCUUGAAAACAUCAGUGGAAUGAAGAUGUACACCAUAGUUGUCAAAGUCCUUGAUACUCCUGGGCCACCACUUAAUCUCAUGGUAAAAGAGACAUCAAAAGACAGUGCAUCUAUCUUUUGGGAUGCUCCGCUUAUUGAUGGUGGAAGUGAAAUAAAAGGUUAUAUCAUUGAAAAACGAGAUGCAGAGCGAAAAGCCUGGUCCACUGUUUCAACAGACUGCAACAAAACAUCUUUUAAAAUUGACGGUCUUGAGCCAGGCAGGUCUUAUUGUUUCAGAGUCAAAGCUCAGAAUGAGCUUGGCAUUGGAGAGGCAUGUGAAACUGCAGAUGCUGUGAGAGCUUCUGAACAACCUGGACCAGUCAUGGACUUCAAAACAUUGUUGGUAACCAGGGAUUCCUGUACUCUUUGCUGGAAGAAACCAAUGAGUGAUGGAGGCAGUCGUAUUAUUGCCUAUGUACUUGAAGUCCUUAAUGGUGAAGACAAGUGGAAGGAGCUCCUAAGAUCAAAGAACAUGCAGUACAGUGCCAAGGACCUUAUUGAGGGAAGGGAAUACAAAUACAGGGUUAAAGCAACAAAUGAUUCUGGAGAUGGCCCUGAGAAGGAGCUCACUGUCGUGGCCAAGGACACCAUUGUUUAUCCAUCUUGCGAUUUACGAGAACUGCCAAACAUGUGCUAUAUUGCAAAGGAGGGCAGCACUGUAACGGCUCAAGAUUCCAUUAUCGGAAAACCUGUCCCUACAGUUUCAUGGAAAAAGGGUGAAGAUGAGAAUCUGACAGAUACAGGCAGAGUCUGUGUGGAAUCUACAGCAGUUAACACAACACUCUUAAUUCGUGAUUGUCAGAGGAGUGAUGCCUCAAAAUACACAAUUACACUACGCAACAGUGCAGGAUCCAAGGAGUCCACAAUCUUUGUUAGGGUGGUUGGUAAACCAGGAAUUCCAACUGGACCAAUAAAGUUUAAAGAGGUGACAGCUGAUGCAGCUACCCUGAAGUGGGGCGCACCUAAAGAUGAUGGUGGAUCAGAAGUAACAAAUUACAUCCUUGAGAAGAGGGAUUCCAUAACCAAAAUGUGGGUUACUGUUGCUUCAUCAGUGGACACUAACAGUUUCAGAAUAACUGGUCUCCAUGAAGGAACAGAGUACAUCUUCAGAAUCUGUGCAGAAAACAAAUAUGGAGUUGGAGAGGGUCUCAAAUCUGAGCCACUUAUAGCCAAGCAUCCAUUCAAUGUGCCAGAUUCACCGCCUGCACCUCAAAUCAUGAGUAUGAGACAUGACUCAGCAACUCUGGCAUGGUCAGACCCAAGGAAAACUGGGGGCUCACCAAUCACAGGUUACCAUGUUGAAUUCAAGGAAAGAAACAGUAUGUUGUGGAAGAGAGCAAAUCCAGCAGCUUUGAAAAUGAAAGAAUUCAAAGUAACAGGUUUAACUGAAGGUCUGGAAUAUGAGUUCAGAGUCAUGGCCAUUAACUUGGCUGGUGUUGGCAAGCCUAGUCCAGCAACUGAGGCCAUGGUGGCUUUGGAUCCAAUUGAUGCUCCUGGAAAACCUGAUGUAAUCAGCAUUACAAGAAGCACAGUAACACUUCAGUGGACUGAACCUGAAUACGAUGGUGGACAUAGGCUGACAGGAUACAUCGUUGAGAGACGUGAUCUUCCAGCCAAAGUCUGGGUUAAAGCUAACACUGUAAAUGUCGUGGAUUGUGCAUACACUGUGACUGACUUGCAGGAAGGCUGCAAAUUUGAAUUCAGAAUCAGAGCCAAAAAUGCAGCUGGAGCCAUAAGUCCACCCUCUGAACAAACUGACACUCUUAUCUGCAGAGAUGAAUACGAGGCACCAACCAUUACAAUUGAUCCUACAGUUAAGGAGGGACUAACUGUGAGGGCUGGUGACACUAUAGUAAUAACUGCCACGAGUAUUGAGGGCAAACCACCACCAACUUCUGCGUGGUCAAGGGGUGGAAAAUAUUUCAAGCCAUCAGAUGUAUGUCAGAUUGAAACUACACCAACAUCCUCUACUCUGUCUAUCAAAUAUGCCAGCAGGAAGGACUCAGGGGAAUACACAAUUAGUGCAAGUAAUCCAUUUGGAAUCAAGGAAGAAAAUGUGAAGGUUACAGUUCUGGAUGUCCCUGGACCUCCAGGACCAAUCGAAGCUAGUGGAAUUUCAUCUGAGAAGGUCACUUUGACAUGGACACCACCUCAUGAGGAUGGUGGAUCUGCAAUUGAAUACUAUUUCUUAGAGAAAAGGGAAACAAGCCGUCUUCUUUGGACCACCCUUGCUGAAAAGGUUAUAGACUGUCAUUUUGUUGCCAAUAAGUUGAUUCAGGGAAAUGAAUACGUCUUCCGUGUCUCAGCUGUGAAUCACUCUGGAAUUGGUGAUCCAUCACAUUCUGAACCAGUGAAGAUGGUGGACAGUUAUGGUCCACCUGGUCCCCCGACAAAACCAGAGGUUGAAAAUGUUGGUGGAAAUUCUGUUACCAUUACAUGGAAAAGACCACCUGAGGAUGGAGGCAGUGAUAUUACAGGCUAUAUGGUUGAGAAGAAAGAAAGAAAAGGUAUGCGGUGGAUGAAGGCAUCAAAGAAAACUGUUCCUGAUCUCCACUUUGAGGUAAAAGGCCUAACUGAAGGGGUUGAAUAUGAAUUCCGAGUGACUGCAGAGAACAAAGCCGGCUUUGGGGAACCAAGUGAACCAUCUCUGCCAGUUACAACUAAAGUUGUUGCAUAUGUACCUGGUCCCCCAGUUAAUCCAAGAGUUACUGACACAACAAAAACUACUGCUGAACUGCACUGGGGUAAACCACUUGAAGAUGGAGGUCUCGAAGUUACUGGAUACAUAGUUGAGCACAAAAAGGAGGGAGAAGAGGAAUGGGUGAAAGACACAGCAGGAACAGCAUUAAGAAUUACUGAAUUUGUGGUCCCAGGAUUACAGGCUGGAGCAAAAUACCAUUUCAGAGUUAGUGCAAUGAAUGCCAUGGGUGUUGGUGAACCAGCUCAAAUUGAAGAACUCGUAGAAAUAGUUGAACGUGAGGAAGCCCCAGACCUCGAACUUGACGCUGAACUUAGAAGAACACUAGUUGUCAGGGCAGGAGGCUCCAUACGCAUAUUUGUCCCAAUUAAAGGACGCCCAGUUCCAACAAUUACUUGGACAAAAGAGGACGCACCAAUCAAACAUGCAAACAUCGAUAACACAGAGUCAUACAGUCUUCUGGUCAUUCCUGAUUGCAAUAGACGGGAUGCUGGGAAAUAUGAUCUGACUUUAGAGAAUGCUGCUGGAAAAAAGACAGCCUAUGUCAGUGUUAAAGUUUUGGACUCACCUGGCCCUCCUCUUAAUCUGAAGCCCAAGGCCAUUGACAAGGAGAGCAUUACUCUUCAAUGGGAUAUGCCUCUUAUUGAUGGAGGUGCAAAGAUUACUAAUUAUAUAAUUGAGAAAAGAGAGGCUACCCGUAAGGCAUAUGCUACUGCUGUCACACACUGUGAGACAUGUUCUGUUAGAAUUCCAAAUCUGGCAGAAGGCUCAGAAUAUUAUUUCAGAGUUUCUGCUGAAAACGAAUUUGGAGUUGGUGAAGCAGUGGAAACCUCUGACCCAAUCAAGGCAUCUGAAGCACCAAGUCCCCCUGAGAAUGUUACGAUUACAGAUGUCACAAAGAAUUCUGCUAGCCUUGCUUGGACGAAACCAAAACAUGAUGGUGGUAGUAGAGUGACUGGGUAUGUUCUUGAAGCUCAGAAAAAGGGAACUGACCAAUGGGCACAUGUGACAACAGUGAAGACCUUUGAUUUCACUGUGAAAAAUCUGAAUGAAAAUGAGGAAUACGUAUUCCGCAUCAUGGCUGUAAAUCAUUCAGGAAGAAGUGGACCUCGUGAGAGCAAACCAGUUGUUAUCAGAGAACAAAGCACAGCACCGGAGUUUGAUUUGCGUGGUGUGUGUCAAAAGAUAGUCAUAGCAAAGGCAGGGGAUGACAUUAAAGUUGAGGUGCCUGUUUCUGGACGUCCAAAACCAACAGUGUCUUGGCAGAGGGAUAAUCAGGCCCUCAAAGUGACACAAAGAACAACUGUUGAAAAUACUCCAAUUUCAACUAUCUUGAAAAUAGGUGAAUGCAUAAGAGCUGACAGUGGUGUAUAUUCAAUGACAGGGAAGAACAUUGUUGGCACAGUAACUGAUAGCAUCAUUGUCAAAGUACAUGAUGUCCCCGGGCCGCCAAAGGGGCCAAUUAAACUGGACAAGGUGUCUCGUACGUUCAUUGAGAUAUCAUGGGAAUCACCUGAAAAUGAUGGAGGAGUACCAAUUAAUAAUUAUGUUGUUGAAAUACGGGAAACCACCAGUCAGUCAUGGGUAGAGCUAUCCUCACAAGUUAUCCGAACAACAUAUAAAGCUACACGUCUAACCACAGGAGUGGAAUAUCAGUUCCGUGUCAAAGCUAAGAACAGAUAUGGUGCUGGGCCACCAAUUACAUCUGAGCCUGUGGUUGCUGCUUAUCCAUUUAAGGUGCCUGGUCCACCAGGCACUCCGAAAGUAGUUGCCUUCACCAGAGACACAAUGACAAUUGGCUGGAAUGAGCCUGUUUCUGAUGGUGGAAGUGAAAUAAUUGGAUACCAUGUUGAAAGGAAAGAGAGGAACAGUAUUAUCUGGCAAAAGAUAAGCAAAUCUUUAAUAGUUGGAAACCUGUUUAAAUCCACUGGACUGGAAGACGGUAUUGCAUAUGAAUUCCGUGUUACAGCUGAGAAUUUGGCUGGAAUUGGGAAGCCGAGCAAACCCUCUGAGCCCAUGCUUGCCCUUGAUCCAGUGGAUCCACCAGGUCCGCCUGUUCCAGUCAUUGUUUCUAAAAAUGCUAUCACAAUCAUGUGGACCAAGCCAGAGUAUGAUGGUGGCUUCAAGAUUACUGGUUACACUGUGGAAAAGAGAGACCUACCAGCUGGACGCUGGAUGAAGGCAAACUUUACUAAUAUUAUUGAAACCACCUUCACAGUGAGUGGUCUAACACAAGAUGCCUCCUAUGAAUUCCGUGUCAUUGCAAGAAACUCAGCUGGAGCUGUAAGUAACCCAUCUGACCCAUCAGAUCCAAUUGUUUGCAAAGAUGACAUUGAAGAACCGAGAAUUAUGGUUGAUGCUAAAUUCAAGGAUGUUCUGCUGGUGAGAGCAGGAGAAGUUUUCAAACUUGAAGCUGAUGUCGCUGGGCAACCAUUGCCAUCCAUGGUUUGGACAAAAGAUGGAAUAGAUGUUGAAAAUACAACAAAGUUACAAGUAAAAAUGAAUGAUCUUACAACAACUUUAGUAAACAAAGACUCUCUAAGAAGAGAUGGAGGUGAAUUUGUUUUGACAGCUACCAAUAUUGGUGGUUUUGCCAAACACACUUUCAAUGUUAAAGUUCUUGACAGACCAGGGCCGCCUGGAGGACCUCUUGCAGUCUCAGACAUCACAGCUGAGAAAUGUGUCUUGAGAUGGACUCCUCCUUCAGAUGAUGGUGGGGCAAAGAUUGAACAUUAUGUAAUUGAAAAGCGUGAGUCAAGCAGACUUGCUUGGACAAAUGUAGCAUCAGAAGUACAGCCAGAUAUCAACCAAUAUCAGGUGACCAAGUUACUCAAAGGAAAUGAAUAUAUUUUCAGAGUAAUGGCAGUCAACAAAUAUGGUGUAGGUGAGCCCCUUGAGUCUGAACCAACAAUUGCAGAAAAUCCAUAUGUGCCACCAGAUCCUCCACAAACUCCUGAAGUAACAGCCAUCACCAAGGAUUCAAUGGUUCUUUGCUGGGGUGCUCCACUCCAUGAUGGAGGAAGUGAAAUUACCAACUAUAGCAUUGAGAGAAGAGAUAAGAUUGGUUUACGUUGGGUUAAAUGCAACAAACAGAAGGUUAAAGAUUUACACUUUAAGGUAACUGGUCUUGUGCCUGGACAUGAAUAUGAGUUUAGAGUUGUUGCUGAGAACGCAGCUGGAGUAAGUGCACCAAGCCCCUCAAGCCCCUUCGCCAAGGCCACUGACACUCUCUACCAGCCUGGACCACCUGGCAAUCCACGUAUCUUAGACACAACUAAUUCUUCCAUCACUCUCGCAUGGAACAAACCAUUAUAUGAUGGUGGCUCUGAAAUCACUGGAUAUAUUGUUGAGACCUGUAUCCCUGGAGCAGAAGAGGAGGAAUGGACAAUUGCAUCUCCUAAAGAAGGACUGAAGGCAACAUCAUUUACAAUCAUUAAUCUUAAGGAAAAUCAAGAAUAUAAAAUCAAAGUCUCUGCUAUUAACAGCGAGGGUAUUGGAGAAGCAGCAGCUGUUCCUGAUGCAGUAAAAGCAGAGGAUAGGAUUCUCCCACCAGAACUUGAUCUUGAUGCUGACCUGCGUAAGACAAUCAGCAUCAGAGCCUGUAACACACUGAGACUCUUUGUGCCAAUUAGAGGAAGACCGACUCCAGAGGCCAAAUGGUCAAGAGAAAAUGACGAACCUUUGGAGAGAGCGACUAUCGAGAGUACGUCAUCUUUCACCUCAUUAGUCAUUGAAAACGUCAACAGAUCUGAUAGUGGCAAGUACAAUUUGUCAGUAGAGAACAGUGCAGGCUCCAAGACAGUUUCUGUGACUGUAAGAGUUUUAGAUACACCUGGAGCACCACAAAAUCUCAAGAUCAGUAAAGUAACCAAAGAAUCUGUCUCACUUGAGUGGGACCCGCCACAAAACGACGGCGGCGCAAAGAUUAAGAAUUACAUAGUGGAAAAGCGUGAGGCAACAAGAAAGGCAUAUGCUACUGUCAAUGCCAACUGUCAUAAAACACAUUGGACGAUUGAUCAGCUGCAGGAAGGAUGCAAUUAUUACUUCAGAGUUCUGGCUGAAAAUGAAUAUGGAAUCGGUCUUCCAAUUGAAACUGGUGAAUCAGUCAAGGUUUCAGAGAAACCAAUGCCUCCUGGCAAGAUUACUCUCCAAGAUAUCACUAAGACAAGUGCUACUCUGUCAUGGGAGAAGCCUGAACAUGAUGGAGGAAGUAGAGUUGUCGCAUAUGUUGUAGAAAUGCAGAGCAAAGGCAGUGAGAAAUGGACACAAGCUGUGAUUGUAAAAGUGCCAGAAGCAGUUGUAUCUGGUCUAACACCAGGAGAGGAGUAUAUGUUCCGUGUCUCAGCAAGGAAUGAAAAAGGAACAAGUGAUCCUCGUCAAAUUGGUGUGCCAGUAAUUGCAAAGGACCUUGUAAUCGCCCCAUCAGCAAAACUGUUGUUCUCCACAUUUAGUGUACUUGCAGGAGAAGAUUUGACAAUCGAUGUCCCAUAUAUUGCUCGUCCAAAAGCUGCUGUUUCAUGGAUAAAGGAUGGAGUUCCAUUAAAACGAACAACAAGGGUUAAUUUCUCAUCAACAGACACUCUACUAAAUCUGGUGAUCAAGGAGGCAUGCAGGGAUGACGUUGGUCAAUACAGCAUCAAACUCUCAAACACAGCUGGUGAGGCAUCAGUAGAUAUUGGAGUUGUUGUUCUUGACAAACCUGGUCCACCCACUGGACCUGUGAAAGUGGAAGAAGUCACAUCUGACAGUGUUACUAUUUCUUGGAUGCCACCAGAGUAUGAUGGUGGCUGCACCAUCAACAACUAUAUGGUAGAAAAGCGGGAUACAUCCACAACAAAUUGGCAUGUUGUUGCUGCCAAUCUAGCCAGAACCAAAGUUAAAGCUGGAAGGCUAAAGACAGGAUCUGAAUAUCAGUUCAGAAUCACUGCUGAGAACAGAUAUGGCAAGAGCCCUGUGCUCGUGUCUGAAUCUGUGGUGGCACAAUACCCAUACAAACUUCCUGGUCCUCCAGGAACACCCUUCAUACAUGCCUGCACUAAGGACAGUAUGGUGGUGAUGUGGAACGAGCCAGUCAAUGAUGGUGGAAGCCCGAUCUUGGGAUAUCAUCUUGAACGAAAAGAAAGAAAUAGUAUUCUCUGGAUUAAGCUGAACAAGACUCUAAUUCAGGAUACAUCAUUUAAGACCACUGGUCUUGAGGAAGGCCUUGAGUAUGAGUACAGAGUUUAUGCAGAGAAUAUCGUUGGCAUUGGAAAGGCUAGCAAACUUUCACAGGGUUGUGUUGCUCGGGAUCCUUGUGAUCCACCUGGUACUCCUGAAGCAGUUAAAAUAACAAAGAAUUCCAUCACAAUUGUCUGGACAAAGCCUGAGUAUGAUGGUGGAAGUAAAGUAACUGGCUAUGUGGUUGAGAAAAAAGAACUGCCAGAAGGCCGCUGGUUGAAAGCGAACUUCACUAAUGUCAUUGAGACUGAAUAUACUGCAACUGGUCUUGUGGAGGAUCAGAAAUACGAGUUCCGCGUAAUUGCAAGAAAUGCAGCAGGAGUUUUUAGUGAUCCUUCAUACAGCACAGGGCCCAUCACUGCCAAAGAUGAGAUUGAUCCACCCCGCAUCAGCAUUGAUCCACAGUAUACUCAAACAAUUGUUGUAAAUGCAGGAGAAAACUUCAAGAUUGAUGCAGAUGUUCAUGGUAAACCGACACCUUCAAUUCACUGGAUGAAGGGAGAACAGGAACUUGGUAACACCAUAUACCGUGAAAUUAAAAACACUGACAGCAGUGCAUGUUUAAUUGUAAAAGAAGCCAAACUUGCUGAUGGUGGGCAGUAUACUUUGCUAUUACAGAAUCCUGGUGGAGAGAAGGCUGUUCAAGUGAACGUCAGUGUCUUAGAUAAGCCUGGAGCACCAGAGGGUCCAAUAUUGGUCACUGGUGUCACAAGUGAGCAUUGUUGUAUUGCUUGGAAAGCACCAAAGCAAGAUGGUGGAAGUGAGAUUACUCAUUACAUUGUUGAAAAGCGUGAAACAAGCAGACUGAUCUGGAGUGCCGUUGACUUGAACGUGAAGACUCUUAACCUGAAAGUAACAAAACUUCUUGAAGGCAAUGAGUACAUCUUCAGAGUUUUGGCUGUGAACAAAUUUGGAGUUGGAGAACCACUUCAGUCUGAAUCAGUUAUCAUCAAAAAUCCAUUCACCCCUCCAGAUGCACCAAAAGGGCUAGAAAUUUCCAACGUGAAGAAGGAUUCAAUGGUAAUAACUUGGGAAGCACCAACACAUGAUGGUGGCACUCCAAUUACUGGAUACAUCAUUGAAAAACAUGACAAAGAAGGUGUGAGAUGGACCAGAUGUAACAGGACAACUGUAACUGAACUUACCUUCAAGGUCACUGGACUUCUUGAGAGCCAUUUGUAUGAAUUUAGAGUAGCAGCUGAGAAUGCUGCAGGUGUUGGUGAGCCAAGCACUCCAUCUGUUUUCUAUAAAGCUUUGGAUCCUGUUUUCAAGCCAGGCCCACCAAAUCACCCAAAAGUAAUUGAUACAACAAAAACAUCUGUUACUCUUUCCUGGGGUAAGCCUAUUUAUGAUGGUGGUUGUGAAAUUCAAGGGUAUAUUGUUGAGGCUUGUGAGGCAAAAACAUCUGCAGAAGAGCCAAAGGUUUCAGAGGAAGAGGAGAAAUCUAAGCCUCCAGAGGAUGCUGAAGAAUGGACCAUGUGCACGCCACCAACUGGUGUUAAGAUAACAAGAUUUACAGUAGAAAAUCUUAAAGAAAAGCAGGAGUACAAGUUUAGAAUUUGUGCUGUAAACAAAGUCGGUGUCGGUGAACAUGCAGAUGUUGCUGGCCCCGUUAUCCCUGAGGACAAGAUCGAGGAACCAGAUCUCGAUAUUGAUCCAGACCUCCGAAAGCUGGUGAGCAUUAAAGCUGGUGGCUCCCUCAGAGUAUUCGUUCCAAUCAGAGGAAGACCUACUCCACAAAUCAAAUGGGAGAAAGAUGAAGGCCCAGUUAAGGAGACUGCCCAGAUUGAGGUUACAAGCAGCUACACUUCUCUUGUGAUUGAUAAAGUCAGCAGGUCUGACAGUGGAAAGUACACAGUAACUGCAGAAAAUUCUGCUGGCACAAAAUCUGCGCUCAUUAGUGUGAAGGUUCUUGAUACACCUAGUGCUCCUGUCAAUCUCAAAGUGAAAGAAAUUACAAAGGAGUCUGUUACUCUGUCAUGGGAGCCUCCAGCUUUGGAUGGUGGAGCAAAGAUUAAAAAUUAUAUUGUUGAAAAGAGAGAGAGCACAAGAAAGGCAUUCUCAGCUGUUGUGACAAACUGCCACAAAUUAUCAUGGAAAGUAGAACCACUUCAGGAAGGCUGCAACUAUUAUUUCAGAGUGUUCGCAGAAAAUGAGCACGGUGUUGGUUUGCCUGCAGAAAUAACUGAUCCUUUGAAGGUUUCUGAGGUGCCACAAUCCCCUGGCAAAUUAAGUGUUGUUGAUGUCACAAAAACAAGUGUUUCUCUCGCCUGGGAAAAACCGAUUCACGAUGGUGGCAGUCGAAUAAUUCAGUAUCUAGUGGAGAUGCAGGUCAAGGGCAAUGAAAAAUGGUCUGGAUGUGCUAAUGUGAAAACGCUAGAAGCAGUGAUCAAGAAUUUGAACCCAGGAGAAGAGUAUACUUUCAGAGUUUUCGCAAUAAAUGAAAAAGGAAAGAGUGACCCAAGAACACUUGCUGUUCCAGUACAAGCAAAGGACCUUGUUAUUGAACCAGAUGUUAGACCUGCAUUCAGCAGCUACAGUGUUCUUGUUGGCAAGGACCUAGAAAUUGAAAUUCCCAUUGCUGGGCGCCCUAAACCUAACGUAAACUGGACAAAGGAUGGAGCAGCUCUUAAACUGACCACAAGAAUGAAUAUUGUUACAACAGCACACCAUACAACUCUCAGUAUCAAAGAAGCAAUAAGAGAGGAUGGUGGCAUGUAUGGUAUUGCUGUCUCCAAUGCUGCUGGACAAAAGGAGGCAACAUUUGAAAUCAUUACUCUUGAUAAACCUGGGCCACCAUCUGGUCCUGUAAGGUUUGAUGAAAUAACUGUAUCAAGUGUAACAAUAUCCUGGGAUCCACCAAAACACACCGGUGGUUGCUCAGUUUCCAAUUACAUUGUGCAGAAGAGAGACACAACAACCACUACAUGGGAGAAUGUUGAUAUUUCAGUGGCUAGAACUACGCUGAAGAUACAGAGGCUGAAAACUGGUGCUGAAUAUCAGUUUAGAAUCAUUGCUCAAAAUCGAUACGGUAAAAGCUAUGGUUUGGAUUCCUCAAGUGUUGUUGCCCAGUAUCCAUAUAGGGCACCUGGUCCCCCUGGCACUCCAUUUGUUUCCUCCAUGUCAAAGGAUCAUAUGAUUGUUGAAUGGCAUGAACCAGUUUCAGAUGGAGGAAGUAGCAUUAUUGGAUAUCAUCUUGAAAGAAAAGAGAGAAACAGCAUUCUGUGGACAAAAAUUAACAAGACUCUGAUUCAAGAAACUCGGUUUAAAACCAGUCCAUUAGAGGAAGGCAUUGAAUAUGAGUUCCGAGUCUAUGCUGAGAAUAUUGUUGGUAUUGGCAGAUGCAGCAAAAUCUCUGAGGGCUAUGUGGCUCGUGAUCCUUGUGAUCCGCCUGGUACACCGGAGGCUAUCCAUGUAAGCAAAGAUUCAAUAACAAUCCAAUGGACAAAGCCUGAAUAUGAUGGAGGAAGUGCGAUUACUGGUUAUACGGUAGAGAAAAGGGAUCUUCCUGAAGGCCGAUGGAUGAAGGCGAGCUUCACAAAUGUCAUUGAAACUCAGUUUACUACAACUGGAUUAACAGAAGGCUCUAAGUAUGACUUCAGAGUUAUCGCAAAGAAUGCAGUUGGCACAAUUAGUAAGCCAUCUUACAAUAGUGGACCAAUUGCAGCCCUGGAUGAGGUAGAACCACCAAAAUUCUCCAUUGAUCCAGAGUACACUCAGACUGUUACAGUAAAUGCUGGUGAGACAUUUAAGCUUGAUGCUGACAUCCAUGGUAAACCAACACCUACUGUUCAGUGGAUCAAAGAUGAUAAGGAAGCUGAAAACACAGUACGGUGUGAAAUAAAGAAUACAGAUACCAGAGCAAUGAUUAUUGUGAAGGAUGCAGUUCGACAUGAUAGUGGCCAAUAUAUUCUUCAGCUUACUAAUGUUGCUGGCACACAAACUAUUCCAUUUCAAGUGAAAGUAUUGGAUAAACCAAGCAUACCAGAAGGACCUCUUCAUAUCACAGGAGUAAGCAGUGACAAGUGCACACUGUCAUGGCAUCCUCCAAAACAUGAUGGAGGAAGCAUUAUCACAAACUACAUCGUUGAAAGACGAGAAACAAGUCGACUUGCCUGGACUCUUGUUACUAAUGACUGUAAUUCAACAGUGUACAAAGUGACAAAACUUCUAGAAGGAAAUGAAUACGUAUUCAGAGUCUUUGCCGUUAAUUGUUAUGGCGUCAGUGAGCCCCUUGAGUCACCAUCAGUAAUGAUGAAAGAUCCAUUUGUUCCCCCUGGAUCCCCACAAAUUCUGGAGGUGACUAACAUUGCUCAUGAUUCAAUGACUGUGUGCUGGAGUGCACCCGAGACUGAUGGUGGAAGUGAAAUAACUGGGUACAUAAUUGAGAAAAAAGACAGGUCUGGGAUAAGGUGGACAAAAUGCAAUAGACAAAAAGUGACAGACCUGUGUUUCAGGGUACACGGCCUGACAGAAGACCACGAAUACGAAUUUAGAGUGUCAGCUGAAAAUUCUGCUGGAGUUGGUGAACCAAGCUUACCAACUGCAUACUACAAGGCCUGUGAUCCAAAGUAUAAGCCUGGUCCACCCACAAAUGCUCAUGUGAUUGAUACCACAAAGAGCUCCAUCACAGUAGCAUGGGGAAAGCCACUCAAUGAUGGAGGAAGUGAAAUCCAAGGAUAUCUUGUUGAGAUUUGCAAAGCCGAUGAGGAGGAAUGGACCAUGUGCACACCUCCAACAGGCCUUAGAGUCAACAAAUUUGAAAUCACCAAACUUGCAGAUCAACAAGAAUAUAAGAUUCACGUAUGUGCUAUAAAUAAAUUAGGUGUUGGUGAACCAGCAGCCAUACCUGGAACUGCCAAACCUGAAGAAAGAUUAGAAGCUCCUGAAAUUCACCUUGAUUCAGAACUGAGGAAAGGAAUCAUUGUACGUGCUGGUGGGUCAGUCAGAAUCAAUGUACCUUUCAAAGGAAGGCCGACUCCAGAGAUCAAAUGGUCAAAGGAUGAGGGGGAAUUAUCAGAGAGAGCUGUAAUUGAGAAAGGUCUCCACUACACCCAACUUUCAAUUGACUCAUGUGAUCGAAGGGAUUCUGGAAAAUAUACCUUGUCUCUGGAGAACAGCAGUGGAUCUGUGUCUGAAUUUGUGGCAGUGAAAGUUCUGGAUACACCUAGUGCACCCCUGAACCUUAAAGUGAAGGAUAUUAAGAAAGACUCUAUUACACUUGCGUGGGAACCACCAUUAAUUGACGGAGGUGCAAAGGUUAAAAAUUAUGUUGUUGACAAGAGAGAAUCAACAAGAAAAGCAUAUGCAAAUGUCACAACCAAGUGCACUAAGACAACUUAUAAGGUUGAAAAUCUCAUUGAAGGUGCCUUGUACUACUUCAGAGUUAUGGCUGAGAAUGAAUAUGGAGUUGGUUUGCCAGUUGAAACAAAGACUGCAUCGAAGGCCUCAGAAGUCCCUCAGCCAGUUGGAAAAGUCAGACUGACUGAUGUUACAAAAGUCAGUGCCUCUCUUGCAUGGGAAAAACCAGAGCAUGAUGGUGGUAGCAGGAUUGCAGGCUACUUGAUAGAGAUGCAGCCAAAAGGAACAGAUAAAUGGGGUGUAGCAACAUCUGUCAAGACAUGUGAGGGCACAGUCACUGGACUAAAUGCUGGUCAUGAGUAUUUAUUCCGUGUUUUGGCAUACAAUGAAAAAGGAAAGAGUGAGCCAAUGCCACUGGCUGCUCCUGUUAUUGCCAAUGAUUUGACAAUUGAACCAAGCCUACAGGUGAUGUUCAACACCUACAGUGUCAAAGCUGGUGAUGAUUUCAAACUAGAAAUACCUGUGUUUGGACGGCCAAAACCAAAGGUUGCAUGGACAAAAGAUGGACAAACACUAAAAAUGACAUCCAGAGUGGUUACAUCAAAUACGCCAACAUCAACAAUCCUUCAAAUCACUGAAGCCUUUAAAGAUGACUUUGGAAAAUACUCUGUGACAGCCACAAACAGUGCUGGUGCAGCAACAGAGGAAAUUGGACUUAUCAUCCUCGAUAAACCUGGUCCUCCAACAGGCCCUAUUAAAGUUAAUGAAGUAAGUAACACCUUUGUUACCAUCUCAUGGCAACCACCAGAAUAUACAGGAGGAUGUCAGAUAAAGAAUUAUAUUGUUGAGAAGAGAGACACUACAACAACUACAUGGCAAGUGGUAUCUUUAAAUGUUGCAAGAACAAGUAUCAAAAUUACAAAGUUGAAAACCGGUGCUGAAUACCAGUUCAGAGUUAUUGCUGAAAACAGGUAUGGAAAGGGCGCCUCUUUGGACUCGAAAGCUGUGGUCGUUCAAUAUCCUUACAAACCUCCUGGACCACCUGGAACCCCAUAUGUCAAAUCUGCCACCAAAGAUCAAAUGAUAAUUGAAUGGAAUGAGCCAGUCAAUGAUGGUGGAAGUCCAGUUAUUGGUUACCAUUUGGAAAGCAAAGAAAGAACUAGCAUACUGUGGAAUAAGCUAAAUAAAACUCUUAUUACUGAUACUGUUUUCAAGAUAACCAAUCUUGAGGAGGGUGUUGGAUAUGAAUACAGGGUGUUUGCUGAAAAUAUUGUAGGUGUUGGCAGAGCAAGCAAGGUCUCAGAAAGCUUUGUUGCUCGUGACCCAUGCGAUCCACCAGGCACACCUGAAGCUGUUGCUAUCUCUAAGAAUCAUAUUGUUAUCCAGUGGACAAAGCCUCAAUAUGAUGGUGGCAGUAAAGUUACUGGAUACAUUGUGGAAAAGAGAGAUUUGCCUGAGGGCCGAUGGAUGAGAGCAAACUUUACUAAUGUCAUUGAGACCGAGUUUACUAUCACAGGCUUAACAGCAGACCAACAGUAUGAAUUUAGGGUAAUCGCAAGAAAUGCUGCUGGUAUUUUCAGUGAACCAUCUGAUAGCUCUGGACCAAUUACUGCAACAGAUGAAAUUGAACCUCCAAGUGUUUCAAUGGAUCCAAAAUACAAGGAUGUCAUUGUUGUUAAUGCUGGAGAAAACUUAGUUCUGGAUGCCGAUAUCCAUGGUAAACCAAUUCCUGAUGUGAAAUGGUUGAAAGAAGGAAAGGAAAUGGAUAAGACACUACGAAUUGAAGAGAAAACUACACAGAAACGGGCAGCAAUCACAAUUAAGGAUUGUACAAAACUUGACGGUGGACAGUACGAUCUUGUCCUAAGCAACAGUGGUGGAACAAAAACAAUACCAAUCACUGUGAGGGUACUUGAUAAACCAGGACCCCCCACUGGCCCACUACGUGUAGUUGGAGUCACAGCUGAUAAAUGUGAUCUGUUCUGGGCAGAGCCUGCCCUAGAUGGUGGAGCUGCUAUUUCUCAUUAUGUUGUUGAGAAGAGAGAAACUAGCAGACUGUCAUGGACUGUGGUUGAUGCAAAUGUCAAGGGCAUAAGUUACAAGGUAACCAAGCUUCUAACAGGCGAUGAGUAUAUAUUUAGAGUUAUGGCUGUUAACAAGUAUGGUACUGGUGAUUCUGUGGAGUCUGAGCCAAUAAUAGCCCGAAACCCAUACAAGCCACCAAGUGCACCCUCAGCGCCAGAAGCCAGUCAAAUAACAAAGGAUUCCAUGGUCCUAUCAUGGACGGCCCCAGAGAACAAUGGCGGGGCAGAAAUUGAAUGCUAUCAUCUUGAGAAGCGUGACAAAGAUGGUGUAAGAUGGACCAAAUGCAACAGACAGAAACUGACUGAUUUACACUUCAAAGUAACUGGGCUCUCAGAGGGACAUUUCUAUGAGUUCCGUGUGUCUGCUGAAAAUGAAGCUGGUGUGGGAGAGGUUAGCGACUUAUCACUUUUCUAUAGAGCAGUGAAUGCCUUAACUCCACCUGGUCCACCACAACACCCCAAAGUGACGGAUCACACAAGCUCAUCUGUUUCCCUAUCUUGGGGAAAACCAGCAAGUGAUGGUGGUGCAUAUAUAAAGGGCUACAUUGUUGAAAUGAAGGAAGUCACUGCAGAGGAAUGGACCACAUGCACACCUCCAGCUGGUAUACAAGCAACACGCUUUACUGUGGAAAACCUGAAAGAAAAUUCAGAGUAUAACUUCCGUAUAUGUGCCAUCAACUCUGAAGGGGUUGGUGAACAUGCAGAUGUCCAUGGCUCUGUGGUCGCUGCUGAAAAAGUAGAGGCACCAGAGAUUGAACUUGAUGCAGACCUCAGAAAGGUUGUUUCUGUCCGUGCUGGUGGAUCGCUGCGUUUAUUUGUUCCAAUUAGAGGCAGACCUGAGCCAUCUGUCAAAUGGGAGAAGGCAGAGAGUACUCUAACUGAUCGUGCACAGAUUGAGUCCACAGGGUCAUACACCAUGCUUGUGAUUGACAAUGUCAACAGAUUUGAUAGUGGAAAAUAUGUCCUAUCUCUUGAGAAUAAGAGUGGCACUAAGUCAGCAUUUGUCAAUGUGAGAGUGCUUGAUUCGCCCAGUGCACCCCAGAAAUUUGAAGUCAAAGAUAUCAAGAAAGAUUCAGUCACUCUGUGCUGGGAGCCACCACUCACAGAUGGUGGAGCAAAAAUAACUAACUAUAUUGUGGAGAAGCGUGAAUCUACAAGGAAAGCUUACACAACUGUCACUAGCAAUUGUACACACAGUUCCUUCAAGAUAGGGGAACUGCAGGAGGGAGGCAUUUUCUAUUUCCGUGUAUGUGCUGUUAAUGAAUAUGGCAUUGGUUUAAUGGCAGAAACAAAGAAUCCAGUCAAGGUUGCCCAGGUACCUAUGCCUCCAGGAAAAGUAGCUCUUGUGGAUGUUACUAAAAAUAGUGUCACUCUUACUUGGGAGAAACCUGCACAUGAUGGUGGCAGCAAAGUUAUAUGUUACAACGUAGAGAUGCAGCCUAAGGGCAGUGACAAGUGGGGUGUUUGCACUACAGUGAAGGUUCUAGAAGCAACUGUGACCAACUUGACACCUGGUGAAUCAUAUUCUUUCAGAGUCAUAGCACUCAAUGAAAAAGGAAAGAGUGAUCCCAAAGAACUUGGUGUACCUGUGAUUGCUAAAGACAUUGAAAUUGAACCUUCAGUUCAUUUGCUCUUCAACACUUAUAGUGUGAAGGCUGGGGAUGACUUAACGGUUGAAGUUCCAGUGAGAGGCAGACCCAAACCAGUUGUUUCCUGGAAGAAAGAUGGCCUUCCUCUGAAACAAACCACUUCACUCAGCAUUUUGAACACUAAGACAUCUAGCAAAAUUGUCAUUAAGGAAGCUUCAAUUGAACACGUUGGACAAUAUGAAAUAACUCUUGCUAACACUGCAGGUACCAUGUCCACAAAUAUUGGAAUUGUUGUUCUUGAUAAACCUGGACCACCAGCUACAGUUAAAGUUGAUGCGGUAACAACUGAUAGUAUCACACUGUCAUGGACACCACCAGAAUAUGAUGGUGGAUGCUCAAUAACUAACUACAUUGUUGAGAAGAGAGAUACAAACACAACUGUGUGGCAGAUGGUCUCAGGUAAUGUUGCAAGAACAUGUAUCAAAGUGGCUCGUUUGACACAAGGUUCUGAGUACCAGUUCCGUAUUUAUGCAGUGAAUCGAUAUGGAAAGAGUAAACAUAUUGAUUCCCCAGCAAUUACAGCAGAGUACACAUUCAAGCAGCCUGGUCCACCUUCUACCCCACAUGUGGCACAUGCCACCAAAGCCUUCAUGCUCGUCACAUGGAAUGAGCCAGUUAAUGAUGGUGGCAGCCCUGUGCUUGGAUAUCACCUGGAGCGUAAGGAGCGAAGCAGUAUUCUGUGGACAAAAAUGAAUAGAACCCUCAUCAAAGACACAGAAUUCAAAGUCACUGGCAUAGAAGAGGGUAUGAUCUAUGAAUAUCGCAUCUAUGCAGAAAACAUUGCUGGAAUUGGAAAAGUCAGCAAAACCAGUGAGGCUGUUGCUGCAAGAGAUCCCUGUGAUCCACCAGGUCAGCCAGUAGUUACAAACAUCACAAGAUCAUCUGUAUCUCUUUCUUGGACUAAACCGGAGUAUGAUGGAGGAGCAAAAGUUACUGGUUACGUUAUUGAAAGAAGAGACCUCCCAGAGGGUCGCUGGAUGAGAUGCAAUUUCACCAAUGUGGUGGAGACCUACUUUGAUGUUACUGGCCUCACACAAGACCAGCAGUAUGACUUCCGUGUCACCGCAAAGAAUGCCGCCGGAUUAUUCAGUGAGCCAUCUGAAAAUACAGGUCCUAUCACUGUUAAAGAUGAUGUAGAUCCACCACGCAUCAUGAUGGAUGUAAAGUUCAGAGAUGUUGUGGUUGUUAAAGCUGGAGAGACACUGAAGAUCAACGCAGAUAUUGCUGGGCGUCCCCUGCCAGUUGCAUCAUGGUCAAAGGAUGGUAAAGAGAUUGAGCUCAAAGCUAGAAUUCAGAUAUCAUCAACAGACACUAGCACAAUGGUUACAGUGAAAGACUGCAAGAGAAGUGACUCUGGGCAGUACACCUUAACCUUACAGAAUGUUGCUGGAACAGUGACAAUGCCAGUAAAUUGUGUGAUUCUUGAUAAACCAGGGCCAUCAGCUGGACCAUUGGCAGUAACUGAAUUAACAGCGGAGGACUGCACACUAUCGUGGGGACCACCCCAGGAAAAAGGUGGUGCAGACAUCACACACUAUGUCGUUGAAAAACGAGAAACUAGCCGUUUGGCCUGGACACUCAUACAUGGGGAGGUUAAAACAACAACAUUCAAGGUCACUAAACUCCUUAAAGGCAAUGAAUAUAUAUUCAGAGUCUUGGCUGUCAACAAAUAUGGACUUGGUGAACCCCUUGAGAGUAAUGCUGUCAAGGUCAGCGAUCCAUUCACUUUCCCUGAAGCUCCUACCAAUGUUGAAAUCACCAGUGUAACCAGUGAGGAGAUGACACUCACUUGGGCAAAGCCCGCUUGUGAUGGAGGAAGUGAAAUUCUUGGCUAUAUGAUUGAGAGGCGUGAGAAAUCAGGUCUCCACUGGGUUCGCGUUAACAGAGAGCUUAUUCAAGACCUGGCCUCUGUUGUAUCAAAACUAAGAAAAGGCUGUGAGUAUGAGUUCCGGGUUUAUGCAGAAAAUGUCGCUGGUUUGAGCCCUCCUAGUGAUCCAUCAGCACCAGCAAGAGCAGAGGAUGCUCUGCUUUUGCCAUCUCCACCAACUAAACCAAAGAUUCUUGAUCACACCAAUACAAGCAUCACCAUUGCCUGGAACAAACCAUUGUCUGAUGGUGGAACCCCUGUUCUUGGAUACAGUGUGGAAUAUAAGAAAACUGAGGAUGAGGAGUGGGUUGUGGCUAUUCAAAUGACAAAGAGCAUGGAGUUCACUGUCUGUGGACUUACAACUGAUGUAGAGUAUGUUUUUGCUGUUAAAGCAAUCAACAAAAUUGGCAUGAGUGAUCAUUCACCGGUAUCUGAGCCUCAGGUGGCAAAGGACAGGAAGGAAGAACCUGUAUUUGACGUUGAUAUAGAGAUGAGAAGGGUUCUCAUAGUCAAACAUGGCAAUUCCUUCACUCUGACUGCUCCGUUUAAGGGGAUGCCUGUGCCCUCUGUGACUUGGGACAAAGAGGGGGUUGAUCUCAAAGCAAGAGCUAGCAUUGAAAUAACUGAAAGCUGUACCUCUAUUACGGUUGAGAAGGCAACAAGAAAUGACUCAGGACAGUACACUGUUACCCUGGAUAAUGGUGUUGGUACAGCUUCUUUGCCUAUUAAUGUCAAAGUUCUUGAUUCUCCUGGACCUCCAAUGAAUGUUAAGAUACAUGAUGUCACUAAAGAGUCUGCAACCAUUACCUGGGAAGCUCCAGAAAAUGAUGGAGGUGAUGCUGUGAAGGCUUACCAUGUUGAAAAACGUGAAGCAAGCAAAAAGGCUUGGGUUUCUGUAACCAACAACUGCCACAAUCUGACUUAUAAAGUUGAGGAUCUACAAGAGGGUGCCAUCUACUACUUCAGAGUUAUUGGAGAAAAUGAAUUUGGUAUGGGUGUUCCUGCUGAAACCAAAGAUGGAACCAAAAUUACAGAAAAACCAAGUCCACCUGCUAGGCUUGGGGUGACUGAGGUCACAAAGGACAGCAUCACAAUUGCAUGGACAAAACCAGAGCAUGAUGGUGGAAGCAGGAUAACUAGUUACCUCAUUGAUGCUCUUGAGAAAGGCCAAACAAAGUGGGUAAAGUGUGCUACUGUGAAAACAAACUGCCACACCAUCAAGGGCUUGAGAGAAAAUGCAGAAUACUUCUUCAGAGUUCGUGCAGAAAAUCAUGCUGGACUGAGUGACCCUAAAGAAAUGGUCAUUCCUGUUGUUGUAAAAGAUCAACUAGAUCCUCCUGAAUUUGACUUGAAGAAUUUCCCUCACAACACUGUUUAUGUGAGAGCAGGGUCAAAUCUGAAAUUUGAGCUUCCACUUACUGGCAAACCAGUACCAAAGAUUACGAUGACAAGAAACAAUGCUCCUGUCAAGUGUGGAAAACGAUUCAGCUUUGAAGUUACGCCUGAAAGUCUCAAUAUCAACCUCAAAGAAAGCAUUUCCACUGAUGCAGGAAGAUAUGACAUUGUUGCUUCCAAUUCAAGUGGAACCACCAAGACAUUUAUGAACAUACUGGUGUUGGAUAGACCUGGUCCACCAGUCGGUCCAGUUGAAGUUAGUGAUGUAGGAGAGACAAGUUUGUGUCUCAAAUGGCUUCCCCCUCUCUAUGAUGGCGGCAGCCCAGUUACUAACUAUGUUGUACUCAAACGUGAAACAAGCACCCCAGCUUGGGUUGAAGUGUCAUCAACAGUUGCUAGAAGUGCCAUGAAAGUAACCAAGUUAACAAAAGGAGAAGAAUAUCAGUUCAGAAUAAAAGCAGAAAAUCGCUUCGGUAUAAGUGACCACAUUGACUCACAGACAGUCACAGUGAAGCUUCCAUACACUAUCCCUGGACCUCCAUCAACACCAUGGGUGAGUUUUGUCUCCAGGGAGAGCCUUACUGUCUGCUGGCAUGAGCCAGUGGUAGAUGGAGGAAAUCCUGUGUUUGGAUACCACUUGCAAAUGAAAGAAAGAAGUAGCAUCCUAUGGCAGAAAGUUAACAAAACUGCCAUACCUGCAACGCAGCUCAGAGUAACCAAUAUAUGCCCUGGCAUGAUCUAUGAAUUCAAAGUUGCGGCAGAAAAUGCUGCUGGCAUUGGAAAAAUCAGCAAAACUUCUGAAGAAGUACUUGCUAUUGAUGCUUGUGAACCUCCAGCAAGUGUCAGAAUAUCAGAGAUCACAAAGAACUCCGUCACUCUUACCUGGCAAAAACCUCCUUAUGACGGUGGAAGCAAAAUCACUGGAUACAUGGUUGAGAGAAGAGAAGCUCCAAAUGGCAGAUGGACAAAGGCAAACUUCACCAAUGUUAUUGAGACUCAUUUCACUGUAUCAGGCUUAACACAGGAUGAAUCGUAUGAAUUUAGAGUCUUCGCCAAGAAUGCUGUUGGCUCUGUAAGCAAUCCAUCUCUCAUUGUUGGACCAGCAACAUGUGUUGAUGUUUGCGGUGCUCCAGCUAUUGAUCUUCCUCCAGAGUAUUUAGAUGUUGUGCAAUACAAAGCUGGAUCCUCUGUCAAAAUCAGAGUGGGAAUUAUUGCAAAACCUUUGCCAACCAUUGAGUGGCUCAAGGAUGGAAGGGAAUUAGUGACAAGUGCACAGCUGUCAAUCGAGAACACAACUGAUGCUUCUGCUAUUCUUAUCAAGGACGCAACUCGUCUUAACACUGGAACAUAUGAAAUCAAAAUCAAGAAUGUUUUGGGCACAGCGUCUGCUUCCAUCAGAAUACAGAUUCUAGACAAACCUGCACCGCCUGCUGGAAACAUUGAGUUCAAAUUAGUCACAGCCGACAAGAUAAUCAUAGCCUGGGAGCCAGUGACAGAUGAAGGAGGUGCUAAAGUCACUCAUUACAUUGUGGAAAAACGAGAGACCAGCCGAGUUGUGUGGUCUACAGUUGCAGAUCAAACGCAAGAGCGCAUGGUUACUGUGCAGAAGUUAGUCAGAGGGAAUGAGUAUGUCUUCCGUGUCAGAGGUGUGAACAAAUUUGGUGUUGGAGAUCCACUGGAGUCUGAACCUGUGAUUGCCAAGAAUGCAUUUGUUACUCCUGGACAACCCUCUACACCUGAGGCAACAGAAAUCACCAAGUCAGCAAUGUUAGUUUCAUGGGAUAAACCUGGUUUGGACGGAGGAAGUGCAGUAACGGGUUAUUAUUUAGAGAGACGUGACAAGAAGAGCCUGCGCUGGAUCAAAAUCUUCAAAGACCCUAUCUGUGACACCAAACUGAAAGUCCAUCAUUUGACAGAGGGAAAUGAAUACCAGUACCGUGUCUGUGCAAUCAAUAGAGCUGGAGAAGGUCCAUUCUCGGAUGUGUCUGACUUCUACAAGGCAGCUGAUCCAGUUGAUCCACCAUAUGAGCCAUCCAAGCUUAAGGUUGUUGACUCUACCAAGACAUCAAUUACCCUUGCAUGGUCAAAGCCAGAAUAUGAUGGAGGAAGUGAAAUUACUAGCUAUGUUGUAGAGAAAAGGGUUGCUGAUGAAGAGGAAUGGACUGUGAUCAGUCAGAAGGGAGAAGUCAGAACAACAGAGUAUGUUGCAUCUGGUCUUAAACCAGAUGUUGACUAUUACUUCCGUGUGUCUGCUGUAAACUGUGCGGGUCGUGGAGACCCCAUAGAAAUGGAAGAACCAGUUCAAGCUAAAGAUAUUCUUGAGGAAGCUCAGGUUGAUCCAGAUGUUGCAAUGAGAACUCAUUAUGUUGUGAAAGCUGGCAAAGAUGUGGAGAUUGUGGUGCCGCUUAAGGGUAGGCCCGCACCAAGUGCUUCAUGGAAGAAAGAAGACAAGAACAUUGACAAUGACCCGAAAUAUGACAUUCACAACACAGAUACUUCAUCAUGCCUUGUCAUUCCCCAAGUAACCCGAAAUGACACAGGGAAAUACACUAUUGAGAUAUCAAAUGGUGUUGGAGAGCCAAAGACUUUGACGUUAUCUGUGAAAGUUCAAGACACCCCAGCAGCCUGUAGAAAUCUGGUGUUGAAAGAGGUGACACGUGGUAAAGUGACUCUAUCCUGGGAGGCUCCUCUCCUAGAUGGUGGUUCUGAAGUAACAAAUUACAUAAUUGAAAAGAGAGACUCAUCAAAACGAGCAUACUCUUGUGUGACAAAUAAAUGUACAGAGACAACAUAUGUGAUUGAGGAGCUCUCUGAAAAGACAUCUUUCUUUUUCCGUGUGUUAGCGGAAAAUGAAAAUGGAGUAGGUGAUCCACUGGAGACCGCAGAGCCAGUUAAAGCUACUGAAAAGCCUGGUCCAGUCAAAGAACUGACAAUGAAAGACUCCUCAAAGACAUCAGUAACUCUGCAGUGGAAUAAACCAGAUUAUGAUGGUGGUAGCAUAAUAACUGAUUACAUAAUUGAAAAGAAACUCAAAGAUCAAGAGGAAUGGUCCCCUGCUGGAACCAGCAAGCACUGUGAGCAUGAGGUUACAAAACUCAAGGAACUCACACACCUGUUCUUCAGAGUUUGUUCAAAGAAUGAGAAGGGUAACAGUGAUUUCACUGAAAUUGGACCUAUUGUAGUGAAGGAUUACAUUAUACCACCAGAAGCAAACCUUGAGGAUUAUCCAGACGGACAGAUCAGUGUGCGCAUUGGACACAAUGUGCAUAUUGAACUGCCAUACAAGGGUAAACCUAGACCUACAACACUGUGGCUGAAGGAUAACUUGCCACUGAAGGAGAGUGAAAAGAUCAGAUUCAAGAAGACGGAGAACAAAGUAACUCUUAUGAUAAAGAAUGUAGAGAAAGAGCAUGGUGGCAAAUACACACUUACUCUUGACAACACCGUCUGCAGAAAAUCAUUCCACAUACAAGUCAUUACACUUGGCCCACCGUCUAAGCCUAUUGGACCAAUUCGUUUAGAUGAGGUCAGGGCAGAGAGUAUAAUGAUAUCUUGGGAUGAGCCCAAUGACAACGGAGGUGGGGAAAUCACCUGCUACAGUGUGGAAAAGCGUGAUACAUCCCAGACAGAUUGGAAGAUGGCUUGCUCAAGUGUGAUUGGAACAUCAUACUUGGUACCCAACCUGAUCAAAGGAACUCAGUAUCAGUUCCGAGUGUGCGCAGAGAACAGAUAUGGAGUGAGUGAACAUUUGGUCUCACAAAAUGUAAUUGCUAAGCAUGAGUUCAGACCACCAGGCCCACCUGGUAUGCCUGUUGUUUACAAUGUUACCAAUGAUGGCAUGACCAUUCAAUGGGAAGCACCCAUAUUCGAUGGUGGUUGUCCAAUUCUUGGCUUCCAUGUUGAAAAGAAGGAGAGAAACAGCGUUAUGUGGCAGAAGGUUAACACCAUUAUAAUAAAAAACAGAGAAUACCGAAUCCUUGGCCUUAUUGAAGGACUGGAAUACCAAUUCAGAGUUUACGCCCAGAACGAUGCUGGAUUUAGCCGUAUGAGUGAUGUCAGUAAACUUACCAUGGCGGUAUCUCCAGUUGAUCCUCCUGGAAUGCCUGACUAUGUGGAUGUUACAAGUGAAUCUGUGACACUGAAAUGGGAAGCACCUAAGCAUGAUGGAGGAAGUAAAAUUGUUGCCUAUAAUGUAGAGAAGCGUCAAGGCAAAGGGCGCUGGUUUAAGACCAACUUUUCAGAUGUUACAGAGUGCCAGUUUACAGUGACUGGUCUUGCUUGUGGUGAACGCUAUGAAUUCAGGAUAAUAGCAAGAAAUGCCAUAGGCACAAUAAGUCCGCCAUCACAGUCCUCUGGCUAUGUUCUCAUCAGAGACGAAAGUGUUGCACCAUCCAUUGAGUUUGGCCAGGAAUACUUUGAAGGAGUCACAGUAAAGGCUGGAGAUAACAUCAGACUGAAAGUCUCAGUUACUGGACGACCAACACCCAAGAUUACAUGGUACAGGGAUGGUGUAGAAUUAACAAAGAAAAUGGUGGACAUAACUUCAAUGGCUGGAUCAAGCAUCCUCUUCAUCAGAGAUGCUGACCGUACUCACCGUGGGGUAUACAGCGUGGAAGCUAAGAACAGCUCUGGAACCAGGAAGGAAGACAUGAAUGUUGUUGUCUAUGAUACACCUGGAGAACCUGUUGGACCCAUUACUUUCUCAAAUAUCUCAGAGGGAAAAGUAACACUGUCAUGGAAUCCUCCCGAGAAUGAUGGAUGCUCCAAAAUCACUCAUUAUAUUAUUGAAAAGCGUGAAACUUCCAAAAUUUCAUGGGCACUGGUCUCAGAUCAGUGUGAGGAAUGCACAUACAAUGCCACCAAGUUACUUAAGACCAACGAAUAUCAAUUCCGUGUCUCUGCCGUCAACAAGUUUGGUGUUAGCAGACGACUGGACUCCGCUCCUGUCAUUGCACAAAUGCAAUUUACUGCUCCCGAUUCUCCUGGCACACCUGAUUCUACAGAAAUCACAAGAGACAGCAUCACAAUCAGCUGGACACCUCCAACACAUGAUGGAGGGAAUGAAAUUAAAUAUUAUAUUGUUGAAAAACGUGAGAAAAAGAGUGGACGCUGGAUGAAAGUUAUGUCAAAGAGACCAAUAACUGAGGCUGCACACAGAGUAACUCAUCUCACUGAGGGAAUGGAGUACGAAUUCCGUGUAACGGCUGUGAAUGAUGCUGGAAUUGGUGCCCCAAGCAACAUAUCAAUGCCAAUAAAAUGUGCUGAGCCAACCAGUCCACCAAGUGCUCCUUCAAUUGUAAAUGUAGCAGAUACAACUAGCACAUCUGUCAGUUUGGAAUGGACAAGGCCUGGAUCAGAUGGAGGUAUGGAGAUCCAUGGAUAUAUUAUUGAAAUGUGCAAGGGAAGUGAGGAGGAAUGGAAAAGAGCCAAUGAAGAUCUAUGCACUGUCACAAAAUAUACUGUCACUGGUCUAGAAACGGGUGCAGAGUACAAAUUCCGAGUUUAUGCAGUGAAUGCUGUAGGAAAAGGCAAGGCCCAUGAGAUUCCAGAACCAGUACAAGCUGUGGACAGACUGACUGCACCAGAAGUUGACAUUGAUGCAAGUUUCAAACAGACACACAUUGUGAAGAGUGGAGGUAGUGUCUGUCUCCGUAUUGCCUUCAAAGGAAAACCAGUACCGUCUGCUACAUGGACAAAGGUAGAUGGUGAAAUUGGUGUUAUGGCAGAAAUCACUACCACAGAGAACUUCAGUGCAUUAACACUGGAGAGCUGCAACAGAUAUGACACUGGGAAAUACACCCUGACCCUUGAGAACAGUAGUGGUAACAAGUCUGUAACCUUCAAUGUAAAAGUUUUAGACACACCUGGACCACCAGGACCUCUAUCAUUUAAAGAUGUGACAAGAGGAGCUCUAACUCUCUUGUGGGAUGCUCCAGCCAAUGAUGGAGGUGCUCGUGUUCAUCAUUAUAUUGUAGAGAAACGUGAGGCAAGUCGUCGCACAUGGACAGAGGCAGGUCCAAAGUGUACAGAAUCAACAAUAAGAGUUUCCGAUCUCUUGGAAGGAGUACCUUACUUCUUCAGAGUCAUGGCAGAAAAUCAGUAUGGUUUAGGUGAAGCUUAUGAAAUGCCAGAUCCCGUUAUUGCCACAGCAGAGCCUGCAUCACCAAAGAGACUGGAUGUAAUUGACACCACUGAUACAACAGCUACAUUGGCUUGGCUGAAACCUGAGCAUGAUGGUGGUAGCCGUAUAACAGGUUACAUUAUUGAAACUAAAGCAAAGGGUACUGAUAAAUGGGUUGUUAGUGGCCACACCAAAAACUUGAGCACUGUAAUUGAGGGAUUAGUGGAGAACUCGGAGUAUGAAUUCCGUGUUAAAGCUAAGAAUGAUUCCGGUUUUAGCAAAGCAAGAGAAGCCCUUUCAUCAGUUAUCAUUAAAGAGCCCCGUGUUGAACCAACUGCAGAUCUCAGUGGCAUCACCAAUCAACUUAUCACUUGUAAGUGUGGUGGCACAUUUGAGAUUGAUGUUCCUAUCAGUGGUAGACCAGCUCCAAAGGUUAGCUGGAAACUUGAAGAAAUGAGGCUGAAGGAAACUGACAGGGUCUCAAUCAAGACUUCCAAGAACAGAACCACCCUUACAGUUAAAGACAGCAUGAGGGGUGAUGGAGGAAGAUACUUCCUUAUACUUGAGAAUGUCACUGGAACAAAAACCUUCUCUGUCACUGUCAAUGUCAUUGGCAGACCAAGUCCCCCUGAGGGGCCUGUUGAGAUUUCUGCGAUAACUUCAGAGUCUUGUGUAAUGUCAUGGAGUCCACCUGAGGAUGACGGUGGAACCGAUAUUACCAACUACAUUGUUGAGAAGAGGGAAUCUGGCUCCACUGCCUGGCAGCUUGUCAACUCAAGUGUGAAACACACAACACUCCAAGUCUCACACUUGACAAAAUACAUGCAGUACACUUUCCGCAUCUGUGCAGAAAACCGAUUUGGUGUGAGCAAACCAACUGAAUCCGAAACCAUUGUUGCAGAGCAUCCAUUUGUUCCACCUGGACCACCUACACGUCCAGAAGUAUUUGCAGUCACUGCUACCACUAUGAGCAUCCGCUGGGAGGAGCCGUAUCAUGAUGGUGGCAGUAAGGUCACUGGAUAUUGGAUUGAAAAGAAAGAACGCAACACCAUCCUUUGGGUGAGAGAGAACAAGAUCCCCUGCUUUGAAUGCUACUACAAGGUUGAAGGCCUUGCUGAAGGUCUUGAAUACCAAUUCAGAGUUUAUGCAAUGAAUGGUGCUGGCCUCAGCAAAGCAAGUGAAGCUUCCAAGAGAAUGAUUGCUCAAAAUCCAGUUGAUCCCCCAGGUAAACCAGAAGUAACAGAUGUGUCAAGAUCAACAGUAUCAAUCAAGUGGUCUUCACCUCUGAAUGAUGGUGGAAGCCCCAUUGUUGGUUAUAUUGUUGAGCGUAAGCCAUACACACCGUCUGGUGAGGGUCGCUGGUUGAAGUGUAACUACACCAAUGUCACUGACACAAACUUCACAAUAACUGCCCUGGGAGAAGGAGAAGUAUACGAGUUCCGUGUUAUUGCCAAGAACACUGCUGGAGUGCUCAGCUUACCAUCAAAUUCAACAGGCGCUGUAACCUGCAAAGCUGAAUACACUCCUCCAAAAGCAGAGCUGGACAGCAAACUUCUUGUGGACACAGUUACAAUCAGAGCUGGAUCAGACCUUGUCCUUGAUGCUGCUGUUGGAGGUAAACCUGAACCAAAAGUCUCCUGGGCAAAGGGUGACAAGGAGCUUGAGCUCUGUGAGAAGUACUCUCUCCAAUACUCCAGCACCCGUGCCUUGGCAAUUAUCAAAUUCUGUGAUAGAGACGACACUGGAAAAUAUGUGUUGACGGUGAAGAAUGCCAGUGGAGUUAAAACAGCUGAGGUCAAUGUGAAAGUACUUGAUACACCUGGUCCAUGUCAGGAGAUAACGGUCAGCAAUGUGAGUGAGGAAAAAUGCACAGUGUCCUGGAAAGCCCCUCUGGAAGAUGGUGGUGAUCCAAUCACACAUUACAUUGUUGAGAGACGAGACACUAACAGACUCAACUGGGUCAUUAUGGAGGCUGAGUGCCAGAGUCUCACCUGUGACAUUACUAGGCUCUUCAAGAACAAUGAAUAUAUAUUCCGUGUGAGAGGUGUGAACAAAUAUGGUGCGGGUGUGGUACUGCAAUCUAACCCCAUCAUUGCCAGAAAUUCAUUCACUGUUCCAUUACCUCCGGGACCACCAGAGAUCCUUGCUGUUGGAAAAGACUUUGCAACAAUUGAGUGGCUGAAGCCUGAGAGCGACGGCGGCAGUGAAAUCACCAAUUACCUAAUCGAAAGACGUGAAAGGAAGAGUGUAAGGUGGAUUAAGGUUAACAAAGAUACCAUUCUCAAGGACACAACCUUUAAGGUCACAGGUCUUCAGGAGGGUAACAUAUACCAGUUCCGUGUCACUGCCAUGAAUAUAGCUGGAGACAGUGAGCCAAGUGAUGUGUCUAUGUAUGCUGUCUGCAGAGUACCAACAGGCGCACCAGCUCCUCCCUCUAUUCCACGUGUCACGGACACACAUAAGGACAGUGUUAGUCUGGCUUGGACCAGGCCACUUGAAGAUGGAGGUGCUGAUAUCAUUGGGUAUGUUCUGGAGAUGCAAGAGGCGGGAGCCGAGGAAUGGACAAAGGCACACGAGAAGAACUUGAGAGGCACAGAGUAUACUGUUACAGGCCUUGCAGCAGGCAAGAAGUAUUGUUUCAGAGUUGCUGCAGUCAACGUCAAUGGAACUGGUGAUUUCAGUGAACCAUGCUCAGAGACUGAACCUGUUGAAAGAAUUGAAAUCCCAGAUCUGGAGCUUCCUGAUGAUCUUAAGAAGACCAUUUGUUUGAGAGCUGGAAGUUCUCUUCGCCUUGUUGUAACUGUCACUGGAAGACCUGUUCCAGCUGUCACUUGGAGCAAACCUGGUGUAGAUCUCCAGACCCGUGGUUUUAUUGAAGUAACUAACACUACCACAACCCUGAUUAUUGACAAAGUGCACAGAUAUGAUGCUGGCAAGUACACCCUUGAAGCUGCUAAUUCAGCUGGGAAGAAAGAAGUUGCCAUUCUUGUCAAAAUCUAUGAUACUCCUGGUCCGCCUGGUCCACUUAAUAUCAAGGAACUCACAAAGGAUUCUGCUCUCAUAACAUGGGAUGCUCCUGCUGUUGAUGGUGGUGCACCUGUGAAUAAUUACAUCAUUGAGAGACGUGAAGCAUCCAUGAGAGCCUUCAAGACAAUUACAUCCAAAUGUGGCAAGACUUCGUAUAAAAUAAGUGGUCUGACUGAAGGAAUGCUAUACUACUUCCGAGUUUUACCAGAGAAUAUCUAUGGUGUAGGCGAGCCCCGUGAGACAGACGACGUAGUGUUAGUGUGUGAGGUUCCCAUGCCUCCACAGAGACUUGAUGUUGUGGAUAUCACCAAGUCCACAGUAACUCUUGGUUGGGAGAAACCUGUGCAUGAUGGAGGCAGCAGACUCACAGGCUACAUCAUUGAAGCUUGCAAGUUUGGAACAGACAAAUGGCUGAAGGUUGCCACAUUGAAAUUAACAGACUUCGAGUUCACAAUUGUGUCCCUGAAUGAAAAUGAGCAGUACCUCUUCAGGGUACGUGCUGUGAACAGCAGAGGAGCGAGUGAGCCAAAAGAAAUUGUCACUGCUGUAACAGUGCAGGAACAAAGAGUUUUGCCAAAGAUCGACUUAUCAACCAUUCCACAUAAAUCAGUCAGCGUGCUGGCUGGUAAACCACUUCAGCUUGACCUGCCAAUCAUUGGGAGACCUCCUCCAGUCUGCUCAUGGUUCUUCAAUGACAACAAGAUGAAGACACAUGACCGUGUGAAGAUUCAGACAACUGGAAAGUUUUCCAAACUAACUGUAGUAGACACUACAAUUGAUGAUACUGGCGAGUACACUCUUGAAGUAAAAAAUGUCACGGGAGUGGCUACAGAGACUAUCAAAGUCAUUAUUCUUGACAAGCCUGAUGAGCCUAAAGGACCCAUUAGGUUUGAUGAGGUUGAUGCUACUUCUGUUACAAUAAGCUGGGACCCACCUGAAAGAGACGGAGGGGCACCAAUCAGUGGAUAUGUGGUUGAGCAGCGUGAUGCUCACCGCCCAGGAUGGGUGCCUGUCUCUGAGUCAGUCAGCAGACCAACAUUCAAGUUCUCCAGACUGACAGAGGGAGACGAAUAUGUGUUCCGUGUUGCAGCAACUAAUCGCUUUGGCACUGGGGCCUUCUUGCAGUCAGACAUUGUGGAAUGCAAGAGUGCUAAAACCAUACCUGGGCCUCCUGGUAGACCAACAGUGUUUGACGUGUCACGUGAUGGCAUGACCAUUGCAUGGGAACCACCAGAUGAAGAUGGUGGCUCUAAGGUGACUGGUUACAUCAUUGAGCGCAAAGAAGUCAGAUCUGACAGAUGGGUGCGUGCUAAUAAGAACCCAGUGACAAUGACAAGAUACAGAUCUACAGGUCUAAUUGAAGGUCUUGAGUAUGAGCACAGAGUGACAGCCAUUAAUUCCAGAGGAAUUGGCAAACCCAGUCUCCUUUCAAAGCCAGCAGUAGCCACUGAUCCAGUUGAUCCACCAGGUUCACCACAAAACCCAAGAGUUACAGAUACUACAAAAACAUCUGUUUCACUGGCCUGGAACCCACCUGAUGAGGAAGGUGGUUCUAAGGUGACAGGUUAUCUGAUUGAAAUGCAGAAGGUUGGUACACUUGCUUGGAUCAAAUGCAACGCUACACCCUCACUGAUCUGCGAGUACACACUAACACAAAUGCCCCAAGGAGAGGAAUUCACCUUCCGUGUCAUGGCUUGCAAUGCUGGUGGACCUGGUGAACCUGCAGAAGUACCAGGAACAGUCACUGUGAAAGAAAUGCUUGAACCUCCAAGUCAUGAUCUUGAAGCCAAGUACAAAGAGGUCUUUGUUGUCAGACAAGGAGGAGUUGUCAAACUUUCAGUUCCCAUCAAAGGCAAACCAACUCCAGUAUGUAAAUGGACAAAGGAUGGAUCUGAAGUUUCUGAUCGAGCAAUGAUUGCCUCUACUGAAGAUAUGAGUGAACUUAUAAUCAAGGAAGCUGAAAGGACUGACUCUGGCACUUACAGUCUUGCGCUUGAGAACAAGUGUGGCAAAAAGACAGUGCAGAUCAAGGUGAAAGUUAUCGGACGUCCAAGUGCACCUGAUGGUCCUCUAGCAAUUGAUGAUAUCCAGGCACACUCUGUUAGAGUGAGCUGGAAACCUCCCACAGAUGAUGGUGGCUCAGAUAUCCUAGGCUACAUUGUGGAGAGACGUGAGGUUACCAAAACAGCCUGGUACACUGUCGACUCAAGGGUGGUCGACACAUCCCUAGUAGUUAAGGGAUUGGAGGAAAAUGUAGAGUACCACUUUAAGGUGACAGCAGAGAACCAAUUUGGAAUAAGUGGUUCUCUUAAGUCUGAGCAGCCCAUAAUACCAAAGACUCCUAUUUGUCCACCAGAGCCUUCUAGUAUUCCACCAGAAAUCAUGGACGUCACUAAAAGCUCAGCUGCUUUAUGUUGGUCCAGACCUAAAGAUGAUGGAGGAUCAAGCAUCACUGGAUAUUUCAUUGAAUAUAAAGAAACAUCAUCUGACAAGUGGAUCCGUCAUGAGACGAAGGUUACUUCUACAAUGUACACUGUCAGCGGACUCACAGCUGAUGCAGAAUAUCAGUUCCGGGUAAUUGCUGUAAAUGAUAUUGGAGAAAGUGCCCCAGGACCUGCAUCAGAUUCAGUUAUAUGUAAAGAUCCAUUUGACAAACCAAGCCAACCAGGUGAGAUUGAUACUGAAACUGUUACCAAAGACUACAUUACCAUCCGCUGGGAGCUCCCUGAAUGUGAUGGUGGAAAGCCAAUCCUUGGUUACUGGGUGGAAUACAGAAUGUCUGGAGAAAGCACCUGGAAGAAAUGCAACAAAGAGCACUUAAAAGACAGACAAUACACCAUGGGUGGUCUCAAGGAGGCAACAGAAUACGAAUUCAGAGUAUUUGCAGAAAAUGAAACAGGAAUUAGCAGACCACGAAGAACUGCAACAGGCAUCAAAACUAAGUUGAGUGCUGGCACAAAACCAAGCCUGAGAAAAGAGAUGGAUGAAGUCACUGCCAAACUGGGACAAACUGCCACUAUGAAAUGCCAGAUCAUUGGUAGACCUGUUCCAGAUAUCAAAUGGUAUAAAUCUGGAAAGGAACUGAAAGAAAGCAAUAAAUAUACAGCAACCUCUGACGGCCGUAAUCACACAUUAACAAUUUCAACAGACCAACAGGAAGAUGAAGGCGUUUAUACAUGUAAAGCUGUUAAUGAAGCUGGUGAAACUGAGACCAGUGGAACCCUUGUUCUAGAGGCAGCCCCACAGUUCCCAGUCCCACUGAAAGAAAAAUAUAUCGCAGGACAUGGAACCACUGUACGUAUACAUGCUGUUUACAUUGGCCGUCCACAGCCAAAGAUCAUGUGGCUUCAUGGGGCCACUGCUCUACAGCCUUCAGAGAAUGUAAUCAUUGAGACAACUGAGUAUUACAGUCAUCUGGUUCUGAAGAACGUGCAGCGCCGUGUCAAUGGUGGAAAAUACAGAAUCAGAAUAAACAACCACUUUGGUACUGCGGAUACAGUGACUUACCUUGAAAUCCAAGAUAAACCUGCCAUACCAGAAGGCCCUCUGGCUCUUGAUGCUUUAUUGAAGAACUCGGUUAUCAUUAGCUGGAAGCCACCCAAAGAUGAUGGUGGUGCAAUGAUUACAAACUACAUUGUAGAGAAGCGUGAAGAUAAGGAAGACUCACAGUGGGAACUGGUGUCUUCAUCUGUCACUGGCACGUCAUGCCGCAUUCCUAAUCUUGUUGAAAAUGAAGGAUACUUCUUCCGUGUUUCAGCUCAGAAUCGCUACGGCAACAGUGAAGCACUUGAAACUCCUGAGGCUAUCCUAAUCAAGAGCCAGCUUGAUAAGCCUGGAGCACCACUACAUCCAGUUGUAUCUGCAGUGACCAAAGAUUCCUGUGUCGUAUCUUGGAAGCCACCGCUAAGUGAUGGCGGCUCCAAGAUCAAGAGUUAUCAUCUUGAGAAGCGUGAUAAGAAAAAGGGUGAAUGGGUAGCUGUUACAACUGAUGAAAUCCAUCAGACAGUUUACUCUGUGAAAGGCUUGACUGAAGGGGUGGAAUAUGAUUUCCGUGUGAAAUGUGAAAACCUCGGAGGAGAAAGUGAAUGGAGUGAAAUCUCUCCUUCUGUCAUUCCAAAGACUGAUGUUGAUGUUCGUGCUCCGGCCUUCAAAGAGGAUUUAAGGAAUUUGAGUGUCAAAUACAAGAGCAACGCAACAUUUGUAUGCAAGAUCACAGGACAGCCCAAGCCUGUGAUUAAAUGGUUCAAACGUGGCAAAGAAAUUCUAGCUGAUGGUACUAAAAUCAAAAUCCAAGAGUUCAAAGGUGGAUAUCAUCAACUUGUCAUCUCAAAUGCUGAUGAAGAAGACUCAACUGUUUAUCAAAUAAGAGCAACUAACCAGGGAGGAUCCAUUUCUGCUACUGUGUCUUUGGAUGUUGAAGUGCCAGCAAAGAUUCAUCUACCGAAAAAUCUGCAAGGUAAAGAAGCCAUUUGUGCACUGCGUGGCGAAGUGAUAAAUAUUAAAAUACCAUUCAGUGGCAAACCAGAUCCUGUCAUCACAUGGCAAAAGGGACAAGACCUCAUUGAUAAUGAUGGAUACUAUCAAGUUAUCGUCACAAGGUCCUUUACUUCUCUUGUAUUCCCGAAUGGAGUUGAACGGAAAGAUGCUGGAUUCUACAUUGUCUGUGCCAAAAACAGAUUUGGCAUUGACCAGCAAACAGUAGAACUCGAUGUAGCAGAUGUGCCCGAUGCACCCCGCGGUGUCAAAGCUAGCGAUGUGUCUAGAGAUUCUGUCAGCCUGAAUUGGGUUGCACCUGCCAGUGAUGGUGGAAGUAGAGUCACUAGCUACAUUAUAGAGAAGUGCGCUACCACAGCAGAGAGAUGGACACGUGUUGCCCAGUCCCGUGACACUCGUUACACUGUCAUCAAUUUGUUUGGUAGGACAAGUUACCUGUUCCGUGUGAUUGCGGAGAACAAAUUUGGUCAGAGUGCACCAUCUGAGCCAUGUGGACCUGUUGUAACAAAAGAAGACAAAUCAAGAGUCCUUAAUUAUGAUGAUGAGGUGGACGACACCCGAUCAGUCUCAAUGGCUAAGGCUCCUCAUUCAGAGGCAAAGAAUAUGCAUAACAAGUACAUGAUUGCUGAGGAGCUUGGUCGUGGACAGUUUGGCAUUGUUCAUCGCUGUGUUGAGAUUAGUUCUGAGACAACAUACAUGGCUAAAUUUGUUAAAGUUAGAGGUGCAGAUCAGGCACUUGUGAAGAAGGAAAUUGCCACACUGAAUAUAAUUCGUCAUAAGAACUUCUUGUGCCUUCAUGAGUCAUUCGACAGUCCUGAAGAAUUGGUCAUGAUCUAUGACUUCAUUUCUGGUGUGGACAUAUUCGAACGUAUUAACACAGCUAACUUUGAGCUAAAUGAACGAGAAAUUGUUAAUUAUAUAAGACAAGUCUGCGAAGCUCUUGAGUUUCUCCAUAGUAAGAGUUAUGGUCACUUUGAUAUCAAGCCAGAAAAUAUUGUGUACACUACUAGGAAGAGCUCCAGCAUCAAGAUCAUCGAGCUGGGACAAGCAAGACAUCUGACACCUGGGGACCAAAUAAAGGUUCAGCACACUACAGCUGAGUAUGCAGCACCUGAAAUCCACCAAAAUGAAAUGGUUAGCACUGUUACAGACAUGUGGUCAGUUGGUGUUCUUGUCUACGUGCUUAUUAGUGGACUCAAUCCAUUCACUGCUGAAACAAAUCAGCAAAUCAUUGAAAACAUCUCUAAUGCUGAGUACAGUUUUGAAGAUGAAACAUUCAAGGAGGUAAAUGUUGAGGCAUUAGACUUCAUUGAUCGUCUUAUCACCAAAGAGCGUAAACACCGUAUGACUGCUGCUGAAGCUUUGACACAUCCAUGGCUGACAAUGCAGACUGAGGAACACAGCACCAAGACAAUUAAGACCACAAGACACAAGAGAUAUUACCAAGCUAUGGUGAAAAAGGAGUGGAACACUGUUGUUUCUGCUGCUCGUGUAGCCAGUGGGGGCUCCAUUAGAAGUCAGAGAGGUGUGACAAUUGGUAAAGUAAAAAUUGCACCAUUUGAACAUGGCCCACUUGCCGGACAAAUCAAACACAGUGUUGUUGACGAAGGUGGGGACACCAAGUUUGUUUGCAACAUUGAUAAUUUCGACAGCAGUACUGAGGUAACCUGGUAUUGUGGUGUGAGACAGUUAGAGGAAGGUGCUAGAUAUGAAAUCACCUAUGAGGAUGGUGUUGCUACAUUAACCAUCAAGGGAAUCACCAGAGCCGAUGAUGGAACUUACAGAUGCAAAGUGGUAAAUGAGUAUGGAGAGGACAGUGCUUAUGCAGAGCUUUUCGUUAAAAGUGUCAGAUCAUAUCGGGAAUUCUUUACAUCUCGUGUUGUAAAGAAAGUAAAACGCAGAGUAGACACUACCAGACUUCUCCAGAGACCACCUGAAUUCACCUUACCCUUGUGUAAUCGCAAUGCCUACAUUGGAGAAGAUGUCCGCUUUGGUGUCACUAUCACUGUGCAUCCAGAGCCACGUGUCAUAUGGUUGAAAUCUGGACAGAAGAUUGUACCAGGAGAUGAUGACAGGAAGUACACUUUCAUUAGUGACAAAGGCCUGUACCAGUUAGUGAUUCAUAAUGUUGAUCCUGAUGACGAUGCAGAAUACACAGUUGUAGCCCGCAACCGAUAUGGUGAUGACAGUUGUAAGGCUCGACUUACAGUGACACCACGUCCUGCUCCUGCUGAUAAUACCUUGAGGCCUAUGUUUAAACGCUUACUUGCAAACUUAGAAUGUAGAGAAGGCCAGAGUGUGCGUUUUGAGAUGCGAGUGUCAGGAACACCAGUGCUGAAAUGGGAGAAAGAUGGCAUGCCCUUGGCAUUUGGUCCACAGAUUGAAGUUGUGCAUGAAGGCUUGGACUACUUUGUACUACAUAUCAGAGACACUCUUCCAGAAGAUUCUGGCACAUACAGAGUCAUUGCAACAAACUCAGCUGGAUCUGCAAGCUGUCAAGCCACACUCAAGGUUGAGCGUGUCACUCAUGUUAAGAAGGAUUACCACGAGGAGGAAAAGAAAAAAGAAGUUGAGAAACAAGAAAUUGACAAGAAAGUAAGACUGACACAAAUUCUUGCCGGCGCAAAUGUUCCUCCACUUACUCCAGUUGCACAACAGGCACUGAGAGAAGCUGCAACCAUGUUCAAGCCUGUUGUGGCAACUCAGAAAGAAAAGAAUGAAGCAGAAGAAGCAAAAGAAAAAGAAGAGAGGAAGAAGAGGGCGGAGGAAAAGAGGUUGAGAAUGCCAUAUGAUGUUCCACCACCUCGUGUCCAUGCUCCAAGUGCCCUUGAGGAGGAUGUGGAGAUUAAACACUUUGUACCAUUUUCUGAUAUGAAAUGGUACAAAAAAUUGCGUGACCAGUACGAGAUGCCUGAGCCUAUGGAAAAAAUUCCCCAAAAACGACUUAAACGUAUACGACUUUCAAGGUGGGAUCAAUUCUAUGAAGUACCACUACCCAGAAUCAAAGACCAAUAUAAGCCAAAAUGGCGUAUUCCAGCUGCUUCACAAGAUGACUUGGAAACUGUAAGACCGGCAAGGCAACGCACACCUUCUCCUGAAUCUGAAGCUUACUACAGAAUCAGAAGAAGAUCUCUUGGAGAUCUUUCUGAUGAGGACCUUCUUCUCCCUGUUGAUGAAUACCUCUCAAUGAAGAGAACUGAUGAGGAAAGAAUGAGACUUGAGGAAGAACUUGCACUGGGCUACUCCGCUUCCCCACCAAGUCUGAGUCCUGUUCGAUUUGAACUCUCUGCACUCCGCCAUCCAUCACCAAGGAGAACAACCCAUGGUGAAGAUGAAGAAGAAGAAGAAGAAGUUAAAGCAUAUGACUCUUACCGCAUUCCCUCGAAAUACGAGGCUGGCCCAAGCUUUAUUGAUCUGCGGCAACGUCAUGACAAGGCCACAUACAGACCACCAAGACAAAAGCAAAGGGUGUAUGAGGAAAAGGAAGACCAAGAGCUGCUCCGAUCAGUAACCACCACUCAAAGAAUCACCUCUUACAAAAGUCAACUGAAGCACAUGGAAUUUGAGGAAAAAACAAGAGUCUCAAAGAAAGAGAGAACAGUCCAUGUGUCUACAGUGCUGACGAGGAGAAGAAGGUCAUUAUCUCCUGGCUACGUUGAAGUGAUGCGUCCAGUGUCAGAGCAAAUAAAAUCCUCUCACAAGCUUGAAGUAGAAACUGACACAGAAAUGACUGGAAAGAGAUCACCAACUGCAGAGAUGACAGGUUCCCCUGGCCCUGCAUCCACAGAGAUAGAAUCCUCUAAACACGAGCUGUCUACAACAGUUGACUAUAUGGCAAGGUAUGAAGCAAGGAAGGCUGCCCUGAAAACAGAAAGAAAGUUUGAGGUUGUGACUCAGCAACCUUUCAGCCUUGACCAUGCUCCACGGGUGACUGUGAGAAUGCGUUCUCAUCGUGUGCCAUGUGGUCAAAAUACCAAAUUUACACUGAAUGUUCAAUCCAAGCCAGAAGCUCAAAUCACAUGGUACCACAAUGGACAACAAAUUCAAGCGAGCAGAAAAUACAGUAUGACAAACAUGAGUGGAGUUUUGUCUCUUCAGAUUAUUGAUUGCCAGGAAGAGGACAGUGGCACAUAUCGUGUUGUCUGCAGAAAUGCAAAGGGAGAGGCUUCUGACUAUGCCACUCUUGAUGUCACAGGAGGUGGGUUUUCUGCCUAUGCCUCUCAGCGCAAGGAUGAGGAACCUCCCACUCCCUUUGUCCCUGAGUUGACAAAGACAGAUGUUUACCAUAUAUCUUCCAUGAAAGCAGCUUCAACCACUGAAACACACAUGACAGUGAAAGAAACUAAAACAGAAACAGCUGAAACUGUUGUUCAUGAAGAGUAUGCAUCAUCUGAAACCAAGCUGAAAGCUAUGGAAGUGACAACAGUGGAGGAGACAAAGAGACCCACUCUUCCAGCUACAAUUUUGAUAAAGCCACAGUCGCUUACAGUUUCUGAGGGGGAGUCAGCCAGAUUUUCAUGUGACGUUGAUGGUGAGCCGACACCCAGUGUCACUUGGAUGCGUGAGGGACAAGUUAUUGUGUCAUCUCACCGCCACCAUGUAUCUACAACAGAGUACAAGUCUACAUUUGAAAUUUCCCAAGUUGAAAUGUCAGAUGAAGGCAGCUACACAGUGGUGGUAGAGAACUCUGAGGGCAGGCAGGAGGCACAGUUCAGUCUUACCAUUCGAAAAUCAACACCUGUGGAAAAAGUUGCUACUUCACCUCCGAGAGUGAAGUCUCCUGAGUCCCGAAGAGUAAAGUCCCCUGAAAUGGUCAAGUCGCCACAGAGAAUUAAGUCCCCUGAACCAAUCACGUCACCACAGAGGGUCAAGUCUCCACCUACAGUGAAGUCACCAACUCCACAAGAAAAAGUAUCAAAACCUACUUUCUCAACAGAACUUAAAGACAUUUCAGCAUCUUCAGAUACCAUCAUUAAGCUAACUGUGAAAGUAACAGGUGACCCUAAACCAGUACUCUCAUGGAUGAAGGAUGGAAAGAGCCUGUCUCAGGGUGGAAAAUAUGAAAUAUUUGAAGAACAUGGGUCUGCACAUCUUGAAAUCUACGACUCUGAUGUUUCUGAUAGUGGAAACUACAGAUGCACAGCCAUAAGCAGUGCUGGGUCAUGUUCAACAAGUUGCAAUGUCACUGUUCAAGCUUCUGGAAAGACAAAAGUUCUUGCUAUGGAAAGAAAAACAGAGCUGGCAGAACAAAUUGUUAAAAAGGAAAUUGUUUAUGAGGAGGUCCAGUCCUACACAGAAAUCAAGUCAUCACAAACACAGAUGACAAUGGCAGAAGGUCAGUCUGUCACCCUGAAAGCAAAUAUCCCUGGAGCAUCCGAUGUGAAAUGGAUUCUGAAUGGAGUUGAUAUAACCAAUUGUGAAGACUACAGAUUCGGUGUGUCUGGCAAUGACCACACUCUGACCAUCAAGAAUAUUAGACAUCAUGAUGAGGGAAUCCUGACGUGUGAGGCAAAAACCGAGCAUGGAAUUGUUAAAUGUCAUUUUAAUACAACUGUCUCUGAAAAACGCUCAGAUGCUCCAAGCUUCCUUGUGCAACCUCGGUCUCAGAAUGUCAAUGAAGGCCAAAAUGUUACAUUCUCAUGUGAAAUCACAGGAGAGCCUGCUCCUGAAGUUGAGUGGCUUAAAGACAAUGUAAUGAUAUCUGUUACAUCCAACAUGAAAGUGAGUCGCUCAAAAAAUGUUUACAAACUGGAGAUCAACAACGUCACCAUUGCAGAUAGUGGAAAAUACACAAUUAAAGCCAAGAACCAAUAUGGGCAGUGCUCUGCAACAGCAUCUCUUAAUGUCCUCGCUCUGGUUGAAGAACCUGCGAAAAUGAUUAUAAUGGGGAAAAGCUCUGAUGCUACAAGCUUGCAAGGCAGUUACUCUGCCAUGCAUAUGGCUUCAUCAGUGCAGGAGGCCUCCUUCAGCAGCUCCAGCAUGGCUGAAAUGAAAUUUCAGAGCAUGUCAGAAACAAGCAUGAGCUCCAUGACAUCUCAGUCAAUGGUAGCCAUGAGCUCUAGCAGUGUAAUGGAAAUGUCAAGCCACUCACAUGCUGAGGCUUCCAGCUUCAAAGCCGUUACACAUGGUCUCAAAGGUGUACCACCUAAAAUUGAGGCUACACCUAAGGAUAUCAGCAUUGAGUCAGGAAAGGUUCUCGCUGUGGCCUGUGCAUUUUCUGGAGACCCCACUCCUCGCAUUGAGUGGUCCCGCGCAGGGAGGACAUUGUCCAGUGAGGAAGAAGGUGGAAGGCUCCACAUUGAGACCACUGAGGACCAGACCACACUCAUCAUCAAAAGUGUGGAACAGAAAGAUGCUGGAGUAUACACUCUCAAGCUGUCAAAUGAGCUUGGAUCUGACACUGCAAAUGUAAACAUCAGCAUUCGAUCAAUGUAA